UGACUCUACCUACGUGAAGGAGGAUUCUGCUCCACAUGCAAAACAGUAGUUUUGAUAAAAAUCCAAAGGACGAGAAAAAUACCUUGAAGCUGCCGAACCCUUGGUUUCUGUUUGUUUAUGAAUAAUCUUUUAUGUGAGAUUCUUCUCGUCAAACGAGGUAAGAUUUUAAGUUCACCACAGAGAGUUUUUUGGCUCGAUGUCGAAGGCACUGUGGCCUCUGCAUGAAAACUGUUUUCCUGUCACUUUUGAAAGAAAUAAGGAAACUUGAGCGAAUCAGUUACGUUAAAAAAUCUUAAAUAAGGUAUAAUAGGAAAGGGAAACUUCUCAUAAACCGUAAUUCCAACUUACUGCUUAAUUUUGUUUGUUGACUGCAAAGAUAAUUCGGUGAAAAUGCAAUUACCUACUUCCUACAUUUCCUUUCCUAUCAUAUGCCGGCGGGAUGAUACAUAUAUUAUGUUGGGUUUCCUUAAUUAUGUUGUCUUUAUACAACAUUGUUUUGCUAGCGUUUACGAACACCUAAUCGUUAACUGCAGUGUUUUCAGUGCAAAAAGUAAAUAUUGAAUUUUUUAAGGACUUGCCCUGAAAUGAUUUUAACAGUUUACUGUACUCUUCUAAGCGGUUGCCACCUGUGUGCUUACAAAACACAGCACUUUGGUGAAGAUCAGGUUGAUCCAGUUGCUAGUGUUUAUCUUAAGCCAUACAGGUCUUAAAUCUUGAAUGUGUAUUUUGUAAUGAAACCUUGUCAGCACUUUGUAAAAGCCAGCUAAAAUAAAAUGCCACCCUCCAUAUGCAGAUUACCUCUCAUUAGCUAAGUUUGAGGUCCUUAUAGUGCCUAUGCAUGUUGUCUGUGUGGGCCAGAAUUCCUGAAAAAACGGGUUAUGUAAUGUACAGUAUGGAACAAGAAAGCAAAGCUUAUGAAAUGUAUACAGUUGAAACCCUGUGAGUUAUUUAAAGGCUCUGAUGAGUCGAUGGUGAUGGUAUGGCUUUCAUUUUUUGAAACCAGAAGUAGGCCCCUGACUAUGGAAUAAGACUGGUAUAAAGUCAUACUUUUUUUAUGGAGCAGGUAAACAAGAGUGUAUUACAACAGUUUCUAAGCUAAGAAAUUAUAACCAAAAUACAUUUUGCUGACUUUAUUUCUGUUUCUGUUUAGGCACACUUUGCAUUUCAGCCCAUUCAAAACAUUAUGGAUUGCAAAUAGAAUAAUCACAGAAUGAGAAAUAACUAAGUUGUAUAGUCAAUUGAGUUCUUUUCCUUUUGCAUUAUUACGGAAUUGAGGUGUUCCCUACCGUCAUUGGUCCUUUAGUUUGCACACUGUUUAAUUUUCUAUUUUCUUCUUGUUCUUUCAGGAAAUCCAUUAUUCCUUCUCAAUUGAAAAUACAAAGUGGAGCUAUAUUUUUAACCUGACAAAAAGUAACAUAUUUUCUUAGAUAGCACAUUAAUGUUUGGAAAAGUCAAUGCUUCUAAGGUGACACUUCACAUUGCAUUUUACCAUAAUGACAGUUCUUUCAGUUCGUGGAGGAACAAGCGGGGAGUCGGGACCCCCAGGUCAACCUCCCAACAAUACCACUUCAACACAACAAAGUGGCCAAAUAAAUGAUCCUAAUCAACAAGAAGACAAUGAUAACUCUACUACACAGGAAGAUGACACCGCAGGCCUUCUGUUACCCAAUGGGGAUGUGGUGUUUCCUAUUACUGAACUCUCUAAACUUGAUGAAAUGAUAAAUAGGCCACGUUGGGUGGUACCUGUUCUUCCAAAGGGUGAACUUGAGGUGCUUUUGGAGGCAUCCAUCAAACUUUGCCGAGGAGGUGAAACUAACUUCCAUAGAAUUAGUUAGUUUAUAUUAUGUACAGCUUUUCUUUUGCCCCAAUGCAAACAUGUAUGUGGUCAUGUAUGUUUUUAUUUCAAGGAGCAUUGACAAACAAACUAACCAUCAAACAUUCUAGCCUGCACGUCCAGGGUCUUAGCAACAGCCCUGCAGAUAGAUUUUCAUCCUGGCAAGUAACUUAACCCUUUGAGCCCUAAGAGUGAUCAGCAUCAAAUUUCUCCUCGUAAUAUCAAUGCUUUGUAAAACAGAGUGGUCAUGAGAAUCAUGGACAUGAUCAUCGAUGAAUUUGCUUGAUAUUUUGUCAACUUCUCCCCACUACUUCUGUAGGAAAUGAAUAGAGGCAACAAAUGAGAAUUCAAAUUUUGAUCUUAGGGUGUAAAGGGUUAAAAAGCUUUCUUGCCCAAUGGGCAAUUGUCCAGGCAAGUCAUCCUCUAACAAAAUCAAUAGACAAUAGAUGGAUCGAAACACACCAAUGACGUUAUAAGUCUUCAUAGCUAAUAACUCACAGCUUAACCGACAGACGGCCAAUAACAUUGUGACUUAAUUGACCAAUCAGGUCAAUAACCAGAGUUUAAUACAACUCAUGUUGACUCAGAAGAUGACUACCACACAGGUUGUCAAAACAUCAGUCAUUGUCAACAACAACCGUCCUAUUCAGGACUAUGUUCACCCAGAUGAUCAUACUCAACUUACUUAAGAAAAUCAUUAACUUUAACAUUAACUUUUUUCAUUUGUCACCUAGCCCUAAUUCAUGAAUUAUUAGAGCUAGGAGUCAAAGAAAAUAGAAAAUCAACCCAGGGGAAACACUUUUUACCUGAAUUUAAUUUUAACCUGUAGCAUAUACAUUGUAGUCAGGUACUGAAACUGAAACAUUUCUGUGUUUUGCACAGUAUGGCCUUGAGACUAAACAUGUACACAUAUUGUCAAUGCAGCACUUUUGAACUUCUAGGGCUGUCAUACAGUUUUCUUGGCAUUAAGGUUGGGGUUAAGUAUCAUUUUAAUGGCUGACAAUUCUGUUUCAACAGAGUUAGACACCAAGAGUGAAGAGUGCCAAAGGUUCUUCAGAGAUGGAUUGACAACGUCUUUUCAUAAAAUUCUUAAUGAUGAGGCAGUUAAUGGAUGGAAAUAUGAAAUCCAUGUAAGUUGUAAAACAGCAUACUACAGUUGAACCUCUGCAAACACUUACCUCCUACCUCCCAGAUCAUGAGAGUCAAUGCUUUCAUUUUACUCAUUUGCUGCAGAGUUUGCUGCCUCAAAUCACUGUAAAACUUUUCCUCACCAGAGUCAUUUCAUAUCUCAUUUAUCACAUGUAGAGCCGUUUGGUAUCUCUCCAUUUUUAAAAUUGAUCCGAAAUUUUACUUUGCUCUUCACAACACAUGCUACUUGGAAGCAAUGUGGCGAACGGAACUGUUUAACUAGUAGUUACGUGUCUACUAACUUGUUUUAGGCUUGAGAUUACAUGUUGUAUUACAUCUUUAGUGCUGGGGACUGAUGGUUACUCUCUAUUUUUUGAUGUACUGAGUAUGUCAUGUAGGCAUACGAAUUGCAAAUUGUAUGAUGUACACAGUACAUCACAUAGGCGGUGAAGGUUUUAACAUACAAAGUCAGAAAAAGCUUCCAUGAUGGUGUCAAUGUGCUGUUGUAGAGGGUUGACUGUAUGUGAUCUUCUUCCUACAAGAGGCUCUUUUGGGAACAAGUGUUAAUCAUUGACCUCUUUUGCUUUUCAACAGAAAGCCAUUCUCAAAAACACAGAGAAGCUUGUAGAGUUGUGCGUGACAAAACUUUCACAGGAUUGGUUUCCUUUGCUUGACCUUCUUUCUUUGGUGUUUAAUCCGAUGUCCAGGUAGAAAUUCUGCUUGUGUAAUAGUUACAUUGUUUCAAUAUUUUUUAUCUACAGCAUCACUGACAUUAAUUCUUCAAGCCCCAAGAGUGAUCGUCAUCAAAUUUCUCCUUGUGAUAUCAAUGCUUUACAAAACACAUUGGUGAUGAGAAUUAAGGACGUGAUGAAACAAGAUGAAUCUAAUAAUGAUACUUCAACAAAUUCUCCCCACUACUUCUUAGGAAACAUAUAGGGACAUCAAAUGAGAAUCUGAAUUUUGAUUUUGGGUUAAGAAUGAUGCCAAUGGACCAUGAUUAUUGGGUCCUUGAUCAAUCACACUUUUGGAUUAUCUGGACUUUUUUGUCGAGUCCACUUAAAAAGUUACUUAAAGUUAUUUCAUCUUGUUCAAUUCGUCAAAUGUUGACAAUUUUUUCUGGAGUUGAAUUUUAAAGGACUGUAUCAAUGUUCAGGAAAAGAAAAGGAAAGUCAUGGUUUUGUGUUCAUGUCCUCCACAAAACAUGAAACUAGGCAUUUUCAUACAUGUCGUAGUGCAAUGAUGGCAAAGAAAUGUCCAAAAAAAGCAUGAUGCACUUGCAAAGUUGUUGGUUUGCCAGUCUUAACCUAUUGCUUUUUUGACGUUCUCAUUGACGUUGCCGUCAUUAUUGCUUAAGUCUACUUUCUCUCACCAAAAAUAUGUGGGAAGCAGACUCUGGUGGUAGGGAAGAGAUGUACAUGUAGAAAUAGGCUUAAUGCAUUGACACUUAAAUUAAGAAGGGAUGAAGAAUGGAGGGUUAUCAACUCGUAAUUUUGUGAUUGUACUUUUCAGGUUUAAUAUCUAUAAUGGUGCAAGACCGUCAGAGACAGUUCCUGCAGGAACACAGGUGAUUCUUUACUCAAAAUUUUAUGCUUUAUUUCAGUAUGUUGUAGGAAGCAUGCAUGAUAACUGGAAAAAUAACUUCCAUUUUCCCCCCUAGGUGGCUGAGAGCUCAGUAUAUGCAAAACCUCCGGAUGCUAGAUCACCAAAAGUAAGCUUUGAUUAUUGUGUUUACCCUUGCACCCUCCAAAGUGAAGGAACUCAACAUCUGUGGAAAAUUCUAAAUACAGUUGAACCUUCUGUAAGCAACCACCCAAAAUGCAAAGAUUUAGUGGUUGCUUAUGUGAGGUUGCUGCUGACGAGAAUGGACGGACAAGUGGUCUCUUCCAAGAAUGGGUCCUGACACAUUUACUUUUUGGAAGAGAAUUAUUUUAUUACAUGCAAUUUCUAAGUUAUGAAAUUUAUGUUUAUAAUUUAUAAGUUAUGUUAUAUAUGAGUAGUUCAAAUAUGUUGUCACUGAAUGUUCUUUUUAUACUCUGAGUGGCGUAGUAUGAACAUACACCAUGGGAUUAAUGGUUUCUUACAAGAGGUUAAAAGCAGUGAAAACCAUUUGCCCAAACAGUGACCCCAGUCCUGUUUGUGAAGUGGUUAAUUAUCAGAGGUUCUAUUGUACAUCUUUGACUGGGAAAAUUUUGAUGUUGUGGAUAAGUGGUUGCUUGUAGGGGGUUGUUGCACAUGGAGGUUGAACUGUAUGUAAUGUACCAAAAAGACAUGGUCAAUGCAAACAUACCAGUGGAAAGGUUUAAUUUAGGGUGAUGAAAUAGAGUGUUGUCCAGUAACACGAAAGGUAGAUGUGUGUUACAUCUACAUGCCCCAUGAUAAAUAGCUGACUCUGAGAUGGUAGGUGUUCACUACAUUUUCCUUCUCCACAAAUUUGUGCUUUCUUUCAGAGGGUUUGGCCAAUUAAGGUAUAUUUUCACUGUCUUGGAAGUAAAACUUUGACCCUGUGUUUACAUGUAUUUUAUUAACAAGCUGUGUGCUGAAAACAAAAAAAAAACAACAAUAUUAUGCACUAAAACAUUGUGCUGGAAAUAACUGCACAGGUGUCAUUUGCCAUUUUUUUGGCUCAUGAUUAGCUGUAUGCAAUUCAAUGAGUGGAUGCUGAUUGUCGUAUUAAAACAAAGGUGAAUUAGUGUGCUUGACAUGCGCGCGGAAGAAAGGCUUAAAAAAGCUCCAAGAAUGUCAGCUUAAAAGUUAGCAUGAGGCUGAAAUGUAUGUAAUAUUGGAGUUCUGUGCUGAAAUGACAUUACAGUGAUACCCUGCUUUAUGGUCACCUCAUUAUUAUAGACUGGGCGCUUUCCAUUCAGCCCAAAACUUCCGGAAUUUCGGUUAGAAAUAAAAAUGGAACAGACCAUUUUGGUUUGGUCCGACCAGCAUAUUUGGGACCACCUUCGAAGGUGGUCCACUUUUACUGGUCCAGUUAUCUUGGUCGGUCGGACUGAAAUGUCCCUUAUCAUUUGACAUAAUUGUUGUCUCCAGUAGCACUCUUUUGCAUCCUGCUUACGAGAACAAUAACUAAAUGUGCCUUGGCUUGGGUUGGGUUUGUUCAGCUGGAAUGUUUUGCCCCAUUGAGCAAGUUAAAUUUGUGAAAUUUCAAUCUGGAAUGUUUAGUGAAUGGCAAGCGCCCACUAUUUGUUUUGUCCCUGAGUAAAGAAAGCCCUCACAUUUUCUCUAAAUUCAACCCACUUACAGACAGCCCAUUAAAAUGGACUCUUUCUACGGCCCCCUCAGUGUUCUUAUUAAUGGUGUUUGACUGUACUAGUGGCACUGAUGAGCAAGUAGCAGAGCUGAAAGUAUGCUUUGAGUUACAUGUAUGAGUGUUUCUGAAUUUUUACAGGGAUGGCUGGUGGAUCUAGUGAACAGGUUUGGUAAUCUUGGAGGCUUCAGUAUUUUACAGGAGCGGAUAUGUAGUGGAGAAAGUCUCAGUGUUCCACUCUUAGCAGCUCUGCUAAGGUUAGUAAUAGUUACACUUCACUCACAGUCUGUGGUUCAUGUAUGUACUUGUUUAACUCUCUUUUGAAGACAAACAUUGUUAUGGGAGUAAUACAGACAUGUAGGUACCAAGUUUCCUUGUUCCAUUUCAUAGAGAGUUUACUCUGCUUUUCAAAAUCACGCUAAUUCGGAAGUUCAAAAGCCAACAGACUUUUGCGUGUUUUGAUGCCGUCAAUCGUCUUAGCGGAACUCGUAGGAAACAGUAGUUUUCUUCGACGGGUUCAAAAGGUCAUGGUUUGUGAUUUGUGAUUGGCUUAUCUUGAUCUGUUUUGUGUGUCUCCAUGUCUCAAGUUGCACUGCUUUGUGAUCGUAAUUACAAUUGACGGCAGCAAAAAAUGCAGUUGUGAAAGGCGGCUUUUGAACUUCAGAAUUCGCAUGUUUUUGAAUAGUGCAGUAAGGAAAUGAAUGCAAAAUAGCGGGGACCAACUGUACACUGUAGGUGUCUGUCCAGUAGAAGUGUGUGUUUAGGGAAAGUUGGCUGUAGUGAGUAAAGGCGGCAGUGACUGAUGUUUUGACAACCUGUGGUAGUCAUUUUGAGAGUUUUAAGUCGCUGCAGACAGGUUAUUGACUUAAUUGACAGACUACCAAUAAAAAUUAAUGUUGACUUGAGUGUCCAAUAAGGUGAAUUAUACUACUACAUCAGAAAUUUCUGCAAUUUAAUUGGCUCAGAGCAGUGGUAUUUCAGCUUAAUUGGAAAUACCUACUUGUGAAAGUUACAAACCUUUUGUGGGUAGUCGUAUAAACAAAUAAUAGCAUGAUUUGUACGUGAUAUUUGGCGUAAAUACCACUAGUGAUAUUUCAAAAUUGUCUCAAAUUUCACUCACCUAAUCGUUCGUGAAAUGACGCAUAACAAUUUUGAAACAUCGCUCGUGGUAUUUAUGCCAAAUAUCACUACAAAUCAUGCUAUUACCUAUACUAACUGGAGUUUAAUUAAUACCCAUAUAAAAUUGAACCUCAACAUACCUUUACAUGUUCAUGUUUUUCUCGUUUAUCCCGUUGACAAUUAUUGCUAUUAGCUUUUUUGGAUGUUUUGAGGUUUUGUUUGUGUUGUUUGAGAUGUGAUUUAUGUUUGAAUAAUAAACAUGAUUUGUAUUUCAGACCUUUUGGAUCAUGUGCUGAAGUUCUUACACCUGGAACUGUUGAAAAAUACUUUUUACCCGUAAUAGUAAGUUGCUUUUGUUUCGGUUUCAUUAUAUUUUAUUUAUGAGAAAUUAUACAAGAUACAAAAAGUGAUGGGUUACAGAAACACACACAGACAAGGAACUCUACAUUGAUGGGAAAAGUUUGUUGUAUGGGAAAGGACUCAAAUUUAAAUUUAUGAAAAUGGAUUAAAAAUAAAAUUUACAUUGUAGGGGUAAGAUUUUCCAGCAAGUGUACUUUUGUCAAAUUUGUACUGAAAUGUUCUUUCUUACUUGUUUUUCAGGAUUUUGUACCUAAAUUUCUUGAAAGUUUAACUGAUGAUGAACUAAAAAAAGAGGCUAAAAAUGAAGUUAAGAAUGAUGCCCUUUCAUCAAUAAUCAAGGUAAAAAGUUUUAGAUGUUAUUGUAAUUGUCACUUUUUCAUAAGUCAUGCUUUUUGUAAUAUUGCUAUUACAAAUGAUUUGCUUGUGUCUAAGAGGACUAAAGCAAAGCAGGAUGUUUUAGCCAGGAUAUUGUCAUUGGUUGUCAGCAAGGGAUCCCUGCGCCCAAGGAAUUGAAUUAUAGAGGGCAAAUGAUUUCCAAAUUUGCUUUUAAAAAAACUCUUUAAGACAGCAGUUCUUAAACUGAGAUGUUGAAAAAAAACUCACUUUUUCUUGGAUAGCUUGAGAAAACAGUCAACAUUUCAUGAAUACCACCACCACUAGUUUCCCCACAAAAUGACUACUGAGGAAUGAGCGCAGAAAUUCCAUGACGUUUCUAUGAUUUGAAUGUGGGUAGUGCUUCUGAUUGGUUGAAAAUUUGCUUCAUCCAAUCAGAAGCACCACCUAGAGCUGGGUAGUGAGAUGUCAUCAGUAUGGAAUUUCUGUGAUCGUUCCUCAUACUUGAUAACUGAGGGAAACCUGUGAUGGCAUCACGAAAUGUCAGCUGUUUUCUCACCCCGUGGCUCUAACAUGAAGAAGAUUAGCAGGCUUUUUGUGAAGAAAAAAAAGGUGGGUACCCACAUUACACCUAGACGUUAAUGAAGCUAAAAACCCUGAAGCCAUUGUACUGCAGGUUGUGUCUAAACAUUUAGAUCUACAGUGAAGUGCAUUUUCAACUACAUCUCUGUCUACAUUUUUAAGUUUAUACUCAGGUCACUGUGAAAAAUGUAAACCACUACAGUUAUAGCGCUAACUGCUGGGUGUCGUUUUAGGCUCUUAAAAGUCUUGCAUCAAGACUAACAUCCCGUGAAGACAUUGGCAAACAGCUGGAAACAUUCAAGUUAAAAAUGAUUCUCAGGUUGGUAGAGAAGCACCCUCAUUUGUCAGGUUGAUAGCUUUUGUGAAUAGUUUCUUAAUAGCUUUCUUUUUCCUUAGAUUACUUCAAAUUUCUUCUUUUAAUGGAAAGAUGAAUGCUUUAAAUGAGGUAAGAGUUGGAAUCUUGUAGAAACUAAUUUAUAAAUAUAUACCUCCUUUCAUUUAACAUUUUUGCUGGUUUAAAUAACAACCUGCUUUGAAUGAUCCUCAGAAAUGUAAUAAAAGUGUCAACUAAGCAAUAUUAGCAACAGAAUGGGAAUGUCAGUUGACAACGGGAAAGCGUGCAGAAAGGACUAAAUGCAACUUCUGGUGCCCAAUUUUCUGCUCUUCUAUUGGUCAAGCCAGUUGCGUGUUUUGUGUAAGCUGUCAACAAGUGAUGUUCCUGUUCUGUUGUUAAAUUAGCCUAUUUUUGAUGGGGUACAUGUAUAACGCACGUGGAAAGGCUGAGGGGAAUAAAACGAAAGAAAAAUGUAUAAUAUUAUUCAUUCUUGAAUGUCAAUAUUAUUGUGAUUUCAUUUGUUUAAUCAGUAUACCCCCCAGCCUUGGAGCCUAGUGUGAAAUUAAAAGAGUUUGAAAUUGGCCUUUGACUUCUUAUGAACUGCUUGAUGCUUUGUAUUUUGCUUGCAAAACAUUCAGAUCAGAAGUUAUAUUUAGUCUCUUUUUCAUGCCAGAGCUUUCUUUAAGGGCUGUAACCCGUAACACCUGUUAUAGUUGAGCACACUUGAUGUUAUGGGUGAUCAAAGUGGAAAGCUGAAGGUGGUAUUAUAAAUUUUUGUGCGAUGUUACAGGUGAAUCUCCAUUUGCUAUGGCUGCUUAAAUACUUAAUGACAGCCCUGCAUGCAUCCCUUAAAUUCUAGUGAAACAUUUUGCUAAGGUUAGGGCUCAAAAAAUACUUGAAUUCCAGCUUGUCUUUUGGGCAAGCAGCUCUCACAUUUUGCUUCCUUGGGCAACAACUUGUUCUUCUUAGUUACUAAUUUAUUUGGAGGAUGAAUCGCCUGCACCCUUCCCCUCUAAACAACUGAGUUUUAAAAGUUGCUUGCCCAGCAAGAAAAUCUAUUCAUGCUGGACUACUAGUUAGGACUUUUCUUGAGCCCUGUAAGGAUAGUUAACUUGUCAGGUAGGAUUCAUUGUUGUUGAUGUUAAUGUUGUUGUUGAUGUUUGGCAGAUAAACAAAGUUAUCACAGGUGUAUCAUAUUUCACUCAUCGUCACACUGUUACCGAGGAGGAGGAAUGGCUGACUGCAGAAAGAAUGGCUGUAAGUAAAACUAGGUUUACUGCUAAAUCCAUUUUCAACAGGAAAGUAAGAGUUAGCUUCUACAUGUAUAUGCUAAUGAUUUUGCGGUACAUGUACAUAGAUAUGUGUGAAAGCAGAUGCAUAAAAUAUGAUGGUCAUGUAAAUACGGGUGUAUGUCUGCUCAAAUGCAUCUUUGUGCGUUUUUGAUCAGACACAAGCCAUACACGUAGUUUUGGGUCUAUUACAUGCAUUAGAAUAAUAUUUUGUUGUGCUUAUCUCUGAUCCGCACUGUAUAUCAAAAGUAUCAAACAUAAAUCAACUGUUUAAGAUAGUAGUUGCUUAGUCAUCUUCACAUUUCUUGUCACAAUUAGUUUGUCAUGAUCUCAUUACAAUACUUGUUUUGUUUAUGAAUCAGUAAUGUUUGCUUUGCUUUGCAGGAUUGGAUACAGAAAAAUGGUGUCCUUUCCAUUGUAUUAAAAGAUAAUCUUCAUCAACCUCAGGUAAAAUGUCGAGUUUGCAAAAACUUAAUAUUCUGAAAUACAUGUAAUGGUGCUUUGUAAGAUUCAGUUGUAAGCCUCUAGUCUUGCCCAUUAGCCAAGCUUAUUUUAUUAUUUUCCUUUCUCCCUGAGUUUAUAGUUGCUACAUGUCUGGGGGUAUUACUCCUUAAAAUUAGUUUCAUCAUGGCUGGUUAAAGUUUGCUUGGUUAUGUAGCAGAUUUUAGAGUGGUAAGCCAGGUUUAAUGUUCCACUGGACCAGCGCUCAGGGUUUCCACCGGUUAUGCCCUAGUCCAUACUACAGUCAAAUCUCCAUACCGAUCUCUAUACAUUCCCUUGAAAAAUUAGUUGAGAGAAUUUGUUAAAAAAUCAACAGUAGUUUAGUUUACUUGAUUCUGUGGGACAUAAAAGAACCACUAAAGGUACAAUGAAUCUGUGGCAGUUAUCACCCCUAGCAUGCUGUCCUUUGUCUUGAGUAGGUUACUGGGAGAGAUCUUUAUAAUGAUCUCUUGAUGCUUCUUCAAGAGCCAUGGUGGCUGCUUGUCAACAGACAGAGUAUAAGGUUAUCUUUUAUUCUCUUUGCAGUAUGUUGAAAAACUAGAAAAAAUUCUUCGUUUUGUUAUAAAAGAAAAAGCAUUGUCCUUGGAUGACUUAGACAACAUCUGGGCUGCUCAGGUUUGUGCAUUUUAUUUUAUUUUUUUGACUUCCUUUCACUCAUUAACAAGCUGCGCUUUUAAAUUUUUCCACAAUAUGAGGAAUAAUUCUUCUAAAGUAGUUGUCCACCAUAUUUUUAAUGCUUAUUUCUAGGCUGGUAAGCAUGAUGCCAUUGUAAAGAAUAUUCAUGAUCUGUUGGCAAAGUUAGCUUGGGACUUCUCUGCAGAUCAACUUGAUCACCUUUUUUCCUGCUUCCAGGUAAACUACAGUAAACAGGCUUUAGAGUUGUUUAUUUCAAAUUGUUUAAGAUCAACAUUUAGUAGAAAUGUUUGUUUUCGAAUUAAUUUGUGUGAGGAACAACCCAUUCUUUCUACUCUUCCCUAUUCACAGUCCUAAACUGAGAUUGUUAUCCAGAAACUCAGUACAUUAGGUAACAUUUAGACCCACCUUAUACAGCUUAUACAACCUGUCAGAUUCUUUUUGAUAAGAUAGGGUAAAAAGUGAUGGAUGUACUUGUGGGAGAAGAGGUGGAAUGUGGGGAUUAGGUGGACCUCUUUGCUCAUCCCACCAAGAUCUGCUAAGUUUGAUUUAUACGUGGAUGAAGUGUAUAAAGUGCCUGCAGCGUUAGUGUGCCUGUUAGCUACAUACAUAAUAUAUCAAGGAUCAGCAUGCAAAGAAAGCCUUGUCCGAUAGCCCCAGGCUAGUGGAUUUUGCCAUUGGGAGAGUGAUUUUUGUUCUUAACUUGCGCAACAGGCAAGUGCUGUUUUCUGGGGGAAUUCAAAUUACGGAAGGAUUGUAAUCAAUCCUACCAAUCAAAAAGGGUUUUGGGCUAGUUGAAAUGACUUGUGGGCUAGUACAUGCUAACUACAGCUUGCCUGAAAGUUAGGCUGUAAAACUGACUUUCUUUGCACCCUGAGGAUGAUAAAUCUUAGGGUAAGGAAAGGAAAGUACGACCCAUUAAAAGGUUUCUACAGACAAAUUAGACAUAGAUCACACCAUUAUGGUUUCCUUCCCAAGCACAAAGGUUACUGAGUAUUAUCUCAAGCAUCCAUAAUUGGCCUUGGGGUGAUAGGAUUUCAAGUGAUGUCUUUACACUUCCUUGCUUUAAUUGUUUAUUUUGAGAAUUUUAAAUUGUGGUGUUACAGUGUGUUGAAAUGGUUUUUUCAUAUAAUUCACAGGAAAGUUGGACAAAUGCCAGUAAAAAGCAGAGAGAGAAAUUGCUGGAGUUAAUACGACGGCUGGCUGAGGAUGAUAAAGAAGGUGUAAUGGCUCAUAAGGUAGAAUGUAAACAAAAACUAAAAGUAAAUAAUGAAGGUAAAAAGGCUAUUAGGGCUGGGCAAGUAGUUAAACUGUAUACAACUAUUGUUAAGAAUUCCAAUAAGUUGGAGGCUAACCAGUUGGCUGUUUACAGGCUUGGUUGAGGACAUGAACUCAAGACUUCUGAGGACAAAUCUAGCUAGCAGUUAGUGGGGUUCUCAAAAGAAGCCAGCACCGUACCUGGCGAUUGAUCACCACCUUCUUUAAUAUUUGUUGCCUCUUACUUUGCAUUCUAUUGGCUGCUUUUCCCUCUCUAGUUUACAACCCCUCCGUUUGUCACAGCUGCCUACUUAAGGUUGGGCAGACGCCUACUUCAAAUCCUAUUGAGAACCCUGAAUUAGAGUGGGGCUUGAACUUGGAGUCCUUUGGAUCACAAGAACUGCACUCUGACCACUUUGCCACACUUCCUCCUUGGAAUUAACAUCAGUCUUCCAUAUACUGAUCGUCUCUUGGAUUUCAUUUUCAGGUGCUUGGCUUACUGUGGAACUUAGCUCACAGUGAAGAUGUACCAACUGAUAUCAUGGACUUGGCACUUAGUGCUCACAUUAAAAUUUUAGACUACAGCUGUUCACAGGUAUGCCAUCAUCCAAGAUGGGGCUUUACUAUAACACGGGACAGGGAUGCUUGACAUACCGUUUAGGGUUAAAAAUGCUUGGAUUGCUUUCCUUUGUGUUUCAAAAUGUAAAAUGACUGCUGCGAGAGUUGUCAAAGUACACAUAGGCUAUUGUAGCCAUCACCAUUGUUUUAUUGUCAAUGUCAAAACAUUAUGUUGGUGAUAUUGAAUCAGAGCCACGCCCACUAAAAAGAAUUCUAGUAACUUUUACCGGUGUUAUGGAAGCCUUGCGACUACUACCCACAUCAUUUUAUAGGGAUUGCCCUUCUGUGCACCAGCAGUGUCACAUCUCUCUCUGUAAUUUUUCUCACAGCACCCUGACUUGAGAUGAUGUUUACUUAAAAGGACACUGUCUGAGGUUUCAUUUAUUUCUUUCUGCUUUCACAGGAUCGUGACUCUCAAAAAACGGAAUGGAUCGAUCGCUGCAUAGAAGAGCUUCGUAGUGACACUUGGGUCUUACCAGCUCUUAAGCAAAUCAAAGAAAUUUGUUCCCUAUUUUAUGAGGUAUGGCUGCAAUCAUUAUAUGAUUUGCAAAGCAAUUAACCAGCUGAUACAAUGUAUGUGCGUUCAUCAGCCUUUCAUGUCGAAAUUGAUUCCUGCUGAAAUUUGGAUUUGUUUGCAACUUGAAAUUACAUCUGCCUACUGGCCGGCAUGGUGAUCCUAGAAUCCUGCACAUAACACUGGUCAGCAAUUACUGGCAUAUCAUUAAUUGCUGUAAAACUCAGGAAACCAAAACCACUAGAAAUGUUUCUGUAAUGUUAUUGUGUUGCAAGGAAAAAGCUAAUCAGACAGGUGAACUAAAAGACAGGUAACAAGGUUAAUGAGUUCUUGGGUAUGGGGUUUGCUUGCAUGUGCUUAUCCUUGCUCUGAUCCAUCAGAACACAGUGAACAUUACUAAAUAUUUGAUGUGUUUAUGUUAAUCUUAGUGUCAUGAAAGAUGCCGUUCAUUGUGGAUAAUGUGUAUAAAGGGUUUCUUUUAUCAUUUGUCUCAUGAUUGUCACUUAGAUAUUGAUCCUAACAUUUUUGCCAUGUACUGCAGGUCUUCAUUAGGCGAUAGUGUCGAUUUACUAAGUAGGACCAGUUGUACUGCCAUGGUUGUUGGUGAUUGGUGUAUCAUCCUAAAGCGUGGAUGCCUGUGAUCAGACAACUUAGCAGCCGAUCGCUACCACAGUAGACCCCUGAGGGAACAGUUUUCUCCUCUAAUAAUGCCAACAAUGCUCUUGAUCGAAACUCACCAACCAUGAGGGAGGUUCGUGAUACAUCAAUCACCAACAACCAUGGUGGUACAAAUAGUCCUACUCAGUAAAUCAACACUAUCACCUUAUAAAGGCCUGCAGUACGUGGUCGAAAUGUCGCGAUCAAUAUCUAAGUGCGAAUUUUAAGACAAAUGAUAAAUGAAACUCUUAAUACAUGUUUAUCUUAGUUUGACAGUAAGGACUGAGAAACCAACAAUGAGGAGGUCUGAGGAUGGUUGGCACCUUCCUUAAGACUCUUUCUGCCUAAUGGCCAAAGACAAAAUUCAGAAGAAAAAAUCAAAUUUCUUUUUGUAAAAUCCUUAGGAGUAGACAUUACUUUGGAAAAGUUCUGCUAAAGAGGUUUCAUUUGAAUUGUAACACCUCAAAAUUUCAGGUGUUCAUGUUCAUUAGUUCAUGUACCUUUCAGGAUUGUUGCGUGCCCUUUCUCCAACAACCUUUCUCGAAAUAGCUGUAUGUUCUGGUUAAUUUUUUAUCUCAGGUAAUUUUUAUUUUUCCGUUGGUUUAACUUCAUUAACAUACCCAAAAACAUAAGAAAAACAAAAAUUACCAGAGAUAAAAAGUUAAUUAUAUGGGGGAAGAUCAUUGCAGUUAUAUUCGCAACUUUUGCUGUUGCGAACAGAAAGCCUGAAAAAAAUUCAGUCUUGUACAGGAUUUGAACAUACACCAUUUACAACAUAUACACCAUCAUUUCAUAUGAAUUCAGGCAGUACAGAGAGCUAACUAACAAAUGUUUUAACUUCCUUUUUAGGCUCCCCAAAAUUACUCUCAUACUCAACGUAACCCUCACGUGUACUACCGACAUGAGGUUAUAAACCAGUUACAGCAGACCCAUUCCUUGGUUACAAUAGUAGCUGACAAUCUGGCAAGCUACAUGAAAAAAGUGUACUCCCUGCUUGAAAGUAAGAAAUAACAAAUAGUAGUAGCAACUGCAUGUACAAGAACUGUGUGCUUUUGUCAGGAUUGUAGUGAAGAUUUUCCCAUGUCUAUUUACAUGUAAAUGGUUUCUCUCUGUAUUGAUCUACCGUUGCUUUGACCAUGGUUAAAGCUCAAUUGAAAUUUGAAGGCUAGUUAUGCUAAGGCACAGUGUAGCAAAAAAGGAGGGCAACAAGCUAUGUGGCAACUAAAAGGUCUCCAUGGCAACCUGGCCAAAGCCCACCUCAAGGAACCUGCUAACACAGUAAGAGCCAUGUUGCACAAAAAUGCUUACCGCCUUCUUACAUUACCAUCAAUCACAGUCAUAAUUCUUUAAAACACUAAUAUGAAACCUAAGAGACUUGACUGUCUUGUACAGGGACACGUAUGGCUUACAUCCCUUUUUUCAAUGUUGAAGUGAUGGGUUUGUUUGGCCACAUACCGUGUGAAAACCAACAUUGAAGGGGAAGGAGCAGAAAAAUCAACAAGCAUUUCAACAAUUAUGAAUAGGAUUGAGGGUGGGAGGGCAAUGUCCUCAAUCUAAGAAAAGCUGGCAAAAACAAGGGCACAUCAAAGCGUCGCUGAAAAGCCCCACAUAUUGCAGAACAGAAGCCGCUGAUACUUCCUAGAAGUAAAAUAAAUGGAAUCUGGGUAAUUUUGUGGCUUAUUUUUAGGUAAACCCAAUGUGGAUCCUAGUGAAAUUCAAAUUGAUGGAAGAUAUAACCAUUCCUUUCAAGUCCAGGAAAGACUCAACUUCCUCAGGUAAAUUUUUUAUUCCGGAAGUGGACUGUAAAUUGUGCCCAUGGCAAGUCUUAAUUUCAAGCUCCCAUUCAUGAAGGUACAGUCAAACCUUGCUUUACAGAUGGCACCCACUUAAUAUGGACACCUCAAUAUUACGGACAGUUUGCUUUGUCCCUAUGAAAAGGAAGCCCUUACAUUUUUUCUAAAUUCAACCCACUUAAUACAGACAGUUUCUAUGGUCCCUUCAGUUUCCGUAUUAACGGGGUUUGAUUGUGCUGUGAAUUGGUGAAAAUUUUUACCCACUGAAGGUACAGUCAAACCUUGCUUUACAUAUGGCACCCACUUAUAAUGGACAACUCAUUAUUACGGACAGUUUGCUUUGUCCCUGGGAAAAAAAGCCCUUACGUUUUCUCUAAAUCCAACCCACUUAAUACAGACACUUUCUAUGGUCCCUUCAGUUUCCGUAUUAACGGGGUUUGUUUGUGCUGUGAAUUGGUGAAAAUUUUUACCCACUGAAUGUAGACUGCAAAACGGUCGGUUUUUUUUCUCAAAAUCAGUAAAGAAAUCGGUAUAGCGUGGCGUAAGAGUCUUGUGUGUGAGGCGAGAGAAUUUUUAGCGUCUCUCCCCAUUCUCACUCUCUGUUUUCAGCCUUGUUCCAGACCUUUUGUUUGACUGCUCACACGUACUUGAAUACACAAAAAUAUGGGCUGUUUUGCAGUCUACACUGAAUGCAACAAUUCUAAAAAAAGAGUUGCCCUAGCAACCCUCCAAGUUGCAACCAUUUUGGUCGCCAUGGCACCUAAAAUUUUGGAGCUGGCAACUUGAUUUGUAAAAAGGUCUCCCUAAACCAAAAGAGUUGGUUGCCAAAUGGUGACCAAGCCAAAACUUUAACUUGGAGGGUUGCUUAGGCAUGAUUUUAAUGCAGAAGAGUGUUGUGUGAUGUCCCCAAUUUCCAAAAAGACCAUAGAUGGAUUCUUGAACCUACCUGUUUUCAUGGUAUGAAAUUGUAACAAAGUCAGCAUAAUUAAAGAAAGACAAUUUGUAUAAGAGUGUGGCUUUCUUCUUGAACUCCCAAGUUGUUGAUUUAGAAAUAUUUUUUUAUAUAGGAAACUGACUAAGUAAGUUGGAGUGUAUAAUGCUGAAGCAUUGCUGUAAUUUCUUUCGACAGAUUUCUUUUAAAAGAUGGACAGUUAUGGCUCUGUGAACCACAGGCCAAACUGGUAAAUUAUGGAAAUCAUUGUAUAUUAAAAUAAUUAUAAGUUACAAUGGUUUUUAUUCAUUUAGUGAAAUCAAUAAUUAUACUUUGUAGUUACUGAUAGAAAUUGUAGCUUAAAAUUGAAUUCAGGUUUAAGUAGUUUUUACCUGGAGCACUUACCAUUUGUAUGGAAAAUGCAGAAAUUGUGGGGAGAAUUCAAAUGGAAUGGUUCAUCCCAGUGGAAAUUUUCCAGAAAAAAGUAAUACCCUUUUCCUGUUUUUACCGAAAUGACCGAAAUUUUCCCUGUGCCAUUUGUUUGGAUUACUAGCGCCAGGCUUCAUCUUGAGAGAAAGCAAAAACUUUACCUGUAUUUUGUAAAUGGUACAGCUUAAUCCCGUUCCUGUUUUCGGUGCCAAAGAAAAUACCAGUACCAUUUGAUGGAAAUUUUUCACCAAAAUUUCUGUACAAAUGUUAAGCGCUCCUAGUUUGAUUUUUCCUUACCUUUGUCUUUCUCCGUGAGCUUUUCCCUUGACACUGUUACUCAUAGUCAUAGUGGUAUAAAAUUAUUUGAAAAUCAAACAGCCUUUAAUGUAGGUUGAAACAAUUUUAACAUGAAUUUUAUUUUGAAUUACAACAUCUAUAUUGUUGUUUGAUUUAAUAUUUACCAUCAAUUUUAUUUAAUGUGAACUAGAAUAUAAUUUGAGGGAUAUUAUUAAUUUUGUGGAGUUGCAUGUUGACAAUCAGACAAUCUUUUCUCUUUUUGCCCCUACAUAACUCCCCAACUUGAUUCAAUAUUCAAUAGCUAGACAGUAAUGCAUAAUAUUAUUACAGAAAACACUGGUUUCACCAUCUUUUCGGCUAACAGUUAAAAAUCAUGAUGGACCAAUCAAUCACUCAGAGCCAACACAACUGAUUAUCUGGUUUUGUGUGAAUUCUAGAUCUGGCAGUGCCUUGCGGAAAAAGCUGUGCUACCAUCAGACAGAGAGUGCUGCUUCAAGUGGUUUUCAAAGGUAAAACAAUCUACUCUCUGAAGUCAAACAUCCCUGUCACACUGUAACUGUCAGAUGCAGAUGCCACCUUGCUAUGGUCGUAUGCUGUGGUUCAAAUUUACACUUGAACCUCUGUAUGGGUAUUUCUGACAAAAUUGAAGUUGCAGCCGUUGCUACUGAUAAAGCGAAGAUCUUAGAGAUUUAUGGAACGAUCACAUUGUCAUUCCAAUGAAAUGACACUUUAAGUCCAUGUUAGUCAUAAAAUGACGGCAAAGAAAUCGGCCAGAAAGUGUGCUGCCAAUUCAGAGUUUUUGUUUUGCUUAUUAACCAACUGCCUCGCUUAAGUGGAAGGUGGGUGCCUGGGAUACCCAGGGGCUUCCACUGUGGCCAGCCAGCCCCUAGAUAGAAAAACUGCCCCCAUGGCUGGCAAAUCCCCGCAACCCAGCCAUGAGCCCCCAUUCCAGGCACCCGUCACACUGAUCAAACAGUGGAAGGAAGAAAAAUAGGGAUGGGAGGGGGGGAAGACGCUAAAUGAACUGCUCCACAGACCACUGCACAAACGCUCGAUGAACAACUCGCAGAUCCUAGCCAUGUACAAAGCUACCACACACCAUGUGAGCCUGCACUUAUGGGAUUGACCGCUGGAUGCCCGCUACGCUCGUGGGCCGCUUGACCGCUAAGCUUGUAGACCGCUUGACCGCUAAGCUUGUGGACCGCUAGACCGCUUAACUUGUGGACCGCUCAACUGCUAAGCUUGUGAACCGCUUGACCGCUAUGCUUGUGAAUUGCUUGACCGCUACGCUUGUGAACCGCUUGACCGCUAAGCUCGUGGUGGUUAACUUAGUUAAAUUACAUUUAACCAAAUUUAACCAACUGCCUCGCUUAAGUGGAAGGUGGGUGCCUGGGAUACCCAGGGGCUUCCACUGUGGCCAGCCAGCCCCUAGAUAGAAAAACUGCCCCCAUGGCUGGCAAAUCCCCGCAACCCAGCCAUGAGCCCCAUUCCAAGCCGAAGGGACUCUCCGAGCUGACGCAGCCAGAUCGGAGAGGGAAAAAGAGGGGCUCAGGGCUGGGGAAGCCCUGGCCCCGAACUACCCAAGUCCCGAGGCACCCUACAAGGACAACUAGGAAAAGAGAAAGAUACGCAAGAAAAUACCUGUCAAGUGAGAAGGCUUGCUACCCCCACGAUAGUACUAACGGGAGUGUGAAUAUAGAUCUGAUACGCAUCGCUGGACCAUCUGCCAAGUGUCUUGAUGAGGUGAUCUGGUAAGCCACGAGAGGCUGCUGAAGUAGCAGCGCCAAUGCGGAAGCUAUGACCGGUGUAGCAACCAGGGACCCCAGCAGCGGAGAAGAUAGAUUGAAUACUGGAUGUCAGCCAUUGGCGAUGUAGAGGGUGCCAUCAGAGAGAAGGAAGAGUGGGCCAGGAGUUGAGCCACGGACGUGUAGAUACUGGGUAAGGGCGCGCACAGGGCAGAGAUCACGUUUACCAGCACCAAUGUAAAUAUGGCAACCUUGGCGAAAGGGGUCCGUCUUAGAGCACUUAAUAUGAAUCCUGAAGCUGCUAGGAUUGACUAGGGAAUCUGCUUGGACAUCACUGACAGCAAGGUGGAUGUCAGGAUUGAAGGGAGAGUUGACAGUAAACUCACCAGCACGUAAGAAACCAAAAAACCCGAGACAGCAGGCAGCCCAAAGCAUUGUAUGGUUGUAGUCAGAGAAGUUCAAGGACUGGAAGAUAAUGUGCAUCAGCUCGAUUGUGAUGGGUUGGCGCUGACGCUUAUUUGAGCCUUGGUGACGUUUGAUGCCCCGCAACACCCGCUGUAACCGAAGGCAACCAACCAGCGGAGAAGGAUGACCCUCCUCAAUGUGAAGGGACCGAAUUGCUGAAAGGUAAACCUUUAUGGAUGAAUGGUGAAGAGUAUCAGCAAGAUGACAGCAGAAACGGAUGAGCACGUCUUCACUGGCUGGAAGAGCUGAUCCCGAAGGAGACAGGCUAUUGUCCUGAGCACAGAAAUCCAAGAAGCGGCGUUGGGCAGAAGCAUAGACUUUCCUAGUGGAGGGGGCAAGACCCUGAGUCAAAUAGAAGUGGUAUUUAUCUGACAGCGAAGAUCCAAGUCCGAGAGGAGCUGCUGCGGAAUCUGGGUUGGAAUGGAGUCUGCAAGAGGAGCUAGCCGGCGAAAACGCUGAAACUGAAAGCGAGACAGGGAGUCAGCAAUGGGGUUAGACUUCCCUCUAACUGGGGAGGCAGUGAAGGAGAAGGAGUGACGAGCUGCCAGCAGGGACAGAUAGCGAACCAAGGACAUGAUGGUAGGGGCUCUUGAAGUGCCAGACCGCAAAAUGUCCACCACUGAGCGGUUAUCUGAUAGGAAGUUGACCCGUUUGGAGGCCCACUGGGGGCCCCAGAGGUAAGCUGCCACGACGAUAGGGAAAAGUUCCUUGUACUCGAUAGACUGAGAGACCUGUGAUGGGAGCCAUGCACCUGAAAACCAGUGACCCUGGAAGACUGCUCCAUAACCAAGAGCCCCAGAGGCAUCUGAAGAAACCUCGAAGUCAGGAAUUGGAGCCCACUGGGGGUACUGAAGAAAGCUGCAACCAUUCCAAGACUGGAAAACUCUUGCCACCAGGCUAGGUCAAGAAAGAACUCUUGAUUGAGACGAAUCGGGUGGUCAUCGCGUCGAAAGGCACAUAGUAGGUUAAUCAUUCGGCGCAAGAAUGAGCGACCUUGGGGUACGACUUUGCAGGCAUGCUGAAGGUGACCUAUUAGGGACUCCAGAUCCUUGCGUUUACACCAACGCUUUUGUGACCAAUCUUCCAACAAGGCAGUUAUCCUAUCAAAUUUGUCCUGAGGAAGGCGUGCCAGCAGAUUAAGAGAGUCCAGUUCAAUGCCCAGGAUGGUUAGGCACGUCGACGGCCCUUCUAGUUUGUCUGGAUGGAGGGGGAUGCCAAGCUUAGAAAAACAGUUAAUUGACCUGUCCAGAUUAUGUUGACAAACAGAGGAGCCGGGAGGGCCAAGAGUGUGGAAGUCAUCAAGGUAAUGCAUCAGGAAGGUGACAUCGUAGUUUUGCUUGGCCACCCACUCCACUAAGUCUGCUAUACAUGUGAAGAUAUAUGGAGCUGACCUGACACCAAAAGGCAGGACCAUAUCAACAUAAAAGGCACCACGCCAUUUCAUACCCAGCAACUGGCGAUCUUCUGUAUGGACUGGCACAAUACGGUAUGCAUUUUGCACGUCAAAUUUCGCCAUGAGGGAACCCCGCCCCAGCCGCAUUAUGCCUGCAAUAAUGUCAUCUACCUUCAUGUACUGCAGAGAAUAAUCCUCGCCCGCAAUUCCGUCGUUGACACUGUGCCCCGCGGGGCUAGACAGGUCCAGGAUAAGACGCCAUUUGCCAGGUUGGUGGCGUUUGGGGAUGACGCCGAAACGACUCACGUGGAGGACAGGGAGGGGAGGCUUGGAGAAGGGGCCCGCCACCCUGCCUGACUGAACUUCCGACUGCAAGUAAUUGUCAAUGACCCGAGGGUUCAGGAGUGCUGAAGCCAUAUUCCCUGUUGCCGACUUCAGGGAAGUACUGUAAUUGAAACCUAGGUGAAAACCAUCGCGAAGGCCUUGGACCACAUAUGCAACUUUGUCUGGGUUAGGAUGAUGACAGAGUUCAUGCUGGAAUCUAUCCACAUUGAUGGGAGUAAGCUGAGAAACUGGUCUUAAAGGACAAACAGCUGGAGAACACAACGAAGAACUGGAACUUGGCAGACCCUGCUGCUGAGAAGGUAACACAAAAGGAGAACGCAACUCUAACGCUGAAAAAUUACCAUGAGAACCAACGUGAACAGGAACAAAACUAUUUACAGUUGAAUUGGCUAGAGGUUGCCUAGCGACGGCGGAGACCCCCCUUUGACUGAGAAGGGGAGCGGGACCGUUCUCUCCGCGCGGACCGGUGAGGGCAGUGGAUGCGGGGGUGGUCCCCGUGGCACGAUUCACAGGAGUGACGAAACCGACAGCGACCAAAGGGCCAGCGACAGCGCCCGUCGUUCCAGGAGUGGCAAUACUGGCUAGACCGGGGAUUGCCUGAAGACCCAAGAGGCUCUGAUAGUGACGAGGCAGAGGAAGUUGAGGAGCCUGAAGCAGUUGAGGUGGUCACUGGAGAUCUGGUGUGAAAGUUGUAGAGGUCUGGGUGCAUGCGAGACCAGUCGGUUGAACCUGAGGCUGCGGCUUCUUUUCGGAAGGCGAUGUCGUAGUGGAGCCACGAUUUGUCAGAAAAGCGCCUUGCUGUCUGGAUGAUGAGUAACUUGUACUGAUUUAAAUCUUUCCAGCGAGAGGGAAGGUGUGGCAAAGAAUCAUAGAAAAGAUUGUGAAGGCUUCAAUCCAGGUGAUGAUGUCUGCUAUUUCAAUGACCCGUUUCUUCGACCCUGAUACCACCAGUUUUCCCUCCAAAAACGCUUGGGGUUCGAUUUCUUGAGCUCUGAUGUUGUCCGGAAGGAGGUCAGCCAAGUCUACAAAAAGCCCUGCGGUAAUUUUAGAAACAAGCUUGAAGGGGACUGGAGCAUAGCCAGGGCCCACCACAAAUGCUUUAUUGAGGUUUGGAAGCGUAGAGGACUCGGUUCCGGUCGCGCCACCACAAGAGCCCCCAACCACUACAGGCAAGUUGGCGGAGGACGUGGCGGGAAGAGAGGAGACUACCGAAGGACCGCCAGAUGAGCUGUACGUUGAAAUAAAUGAGGGCACAACAAGCGUACCUAAAGACUGGGAGGUAGAGCCAGGGGUACUGGAGCUAGAGGAUGCCGGAGACUGCGUAGAAGUCGAAGUCGAGGAGAGAGGAACAGACGCCGCGGCCGUGUUCGAGUUCCCGCCACUGGAAUCUCGAAGGGAAGAUAGCAGCGGAGGGAGCGAUUCCGCGAGAGCUCUUGAAAUUGCCUGGGCUAGCGCGUUGGUGUCCGGCAGGGAAACAGGUUGACUUGGCGGAGAAGCCGAGGUGUUAACUGUAGGAGCUGGGGUAGAACCGCUAGAAGAAGGCGAAGACGCGGUAACCGGGGAAGACAUCGUUGACAGGCUGUUGUUCGUGGUACGCAUCCUGAACGAACGUGACGACCCGCACGCUUUGAAAAAUAAAUGAAAGAAAAAAAGGAUACAAGAAAAAGCACACUGUAAGACUGACGCUCCAAAGAUCGCUAAAAAAGGCGAAAGACGCUAAAUGAACUGCUCCACAGACCACUGCACAAACGCUCGAUGAACAACUCGCAGAUCCUAGCCAUGUACAAAGCUACCACACACCAUGUGAGCCUGCACUUAUGGGAUUGACCGCUGGAUGCCCGCUACGCUCGUGGGCCGCUUGACCGCUAAGCUUGUAGACCGCUUGACCGCUAAGCUUGUGGACCGCUAGACCGCUUAACUUGUGGACCGCUCAACUGCUAAGCUUGUGAACCGCUUGACCGCUAUGCUUGUGAAUUGCUUGACCGCUACGCUUGUGAACCGCUUGACCGCUAAGCUCGUGGUGGUUAACUUAGUUAAAUUACAUUUAACCAAAUUUAAACCUGUUGCUUUUUUGCUUUUCUCGUUUCUGUUGUUGUUGUACGUGGUUGCACUGAUUUCAUUAGUCGCUUUACCAUUCAAAACAAUUCUUGAUAUGCAAUGAUUUCACCUGAAAAACUGACAAUUGGGUGGAAAAUGCGUGAUGAGACCAACGUCUGCAGGUACCCAUAGAAAAGUUCAUACUUGAUGGGUACAAAUUUUGUUGUCCUUUAAUUCAAGAUCAUUAUCUUUGCAUUGGCAGAUCCCAAAACAACAAAAAAUGAAAUUUUGAACCAAAGAUAAGAUUAAACCACAGUACAGCUCCUGUGAAUAAAAGUUGCUAGUUACUAUUGACUCUUAUGUUGAGGCAGGAGUGUGUUUAGGAUCUGGCUUAAUGGGACUACUUUAUGCCUCACCAGAAUGUUUUCUGUUGUCAGUUAAACUCUAUUCAUGUUUUGAUCGAUCACAUUUCAAAACAUGAGAACGUGACCAGCAACUCAGUAUUAAAACAAUUUUUUUCACAUUAUUUCAGAAGGAGGACUUUGAGGGAAAAUGUUAUUGGUAACGACAAAUUGAGUUUUUCAAAGCAGUAAUCAAACCAUGAUUGGCGUUAUUCCCUUGCUGGGCUGAAGAAGAUUAAGUAACUUAGUGCAGUAGUAUCAUGUAAUCAUGGCCCCAUAUAUGUUAACACUUACUGCAGUGGCCCAAAAUGUAUGAGUAGUAACCACAGAUUUUCAGUUGUCAUUGUAAUACUUUCUUUUAGUUAAUGGGGGAUGAACCUGACCUUGAUCCAGAAAUCAGCAGAUCAUUCUUUGAGGGGAAUGUCCUCAAGUUGGACCCCUCCCUGUUAACAGAAAAUGGUAUAAGGUUAGUAAUACAAUUAAUUUUGUGUUGUCCCUGAGAGUUUUGUCACUUUUUAGGUGAAUUCUACUUAAAUUAUUUGUUCUUAUCUACAGGGCUGUCAUAAAGUUUUGAAGCAGCCAUAGCAAAUAAUAAUUCAUCCCUAACAUCUCGCAAAAAGUUGAUGGUUUAAUCUUUAGCUUUCCACUUUGAUAACCUUUAACAUUAAGUGAGCGUAGAUAUGACAGUUGUUGUGUGUUGCGGCCCUUAAUGACAGCUCUGGUACAGAAACAAUCCUGCAACUACAUGUACAGAAUGGCACUGUUGAAGCUUAUUUAAAUAAGCUCUCCAUAUAUUCACUGAGACGUAGAAAUGCUUUUGUUUACUCCCUUCAUUGAAAAAAUCUUUGAUUAGACUUUCUGAAAAUUCACCUAACAAUAACUGCCUUAAAGAAAAACUGAACUACGCAUUAUCACCAUCAUCAUCAUCAUCAUCAUCAUCAUCAUUUAUUACUCUCUGUUAUUUGCAAGAUUUUUUGUUUACCAUACUCUUGUAAGCUUCAUAACAAAGCAGUUACUCUCUCAGACUUCUCCACCUGUCGUGAAAACAAACACCUCAUAAGAUGAAGACCCAUUAUUGAAGACUGAAUUUAAGAGCAAAAUUUAAGACCCAAAACUGAGACGCAAAGCUAAGACUUCCCUGUCAAAACUAGAACCCUGGUUAACAAAAGAAAAGAGGGGGUCUUAGUUUUUUGUUUUAGCUUUUGGUCGUAGCUUUGGUUCUUAGUUCUUUAUAGAGGGUGCAUGUUUUCCUAUAACCCCAAAAGGUCUGUUAAUUGUUUACUUUCCACUGUACAGCUCUUGUUUUAUGACUGAUAGAUUAUUUUCCUCCCUCAGGUGUUUUGAAAGGUUUUUCAGAGGAGUAAAUGUCAAGGAGGGUAAACUAGUGGCAAAAAGAAGAGCAUACUUAAUGGAAGAUUUAAAUUUAAUUGGAGUGGAUUACUUGUGGCAGGUAACUACUAUAGUCUCAACAGCAACAACGGCAAUCUUUAUUUGUACUCACUCUCUUGUUCAACAAGAAAUUAACACAAUGCAGCUAUUAAACGUAAACGUAGAGUACUUGCUGCGUGGAAUAACCAUAGGGGCUGGUGGAGCCAGGCAGCCAGUCGACUGUCUAACUGUUGCUUGUUGCGGGUGACAAGAGGAGCCGGCAUUCCUAACCUCCAGGUUGCUAUAAUGAAUACACGGUAUGUACAUAGCCAGCUUCAUUUGGGCUUGCUAUCACUCGUAAUCUGAUCAGACGUGGUUUUGACCAUCUAUGUAAAGCACAGCGUUGGACCAAAAAUGUUUUGACCUUUCAAUCUUUGUCGCCCGCACUCCUUAACCUUGAGUUUGUACUAGUAAUAGCCUUUAUAGCAUGAGUGAAGGCCGAUUCCUAAGAAAAUUUUUGACCUAUCCAUCCGAGAAAUUUUGGUCAUCACGUGACCGUACGCCCGUCCGUACGCACCACAGGGUAUCCAUUGUGAAAUGUCAAACUUUGUAGCUAGUAUGGGAGCCUGUAACCUGUGUUUAACUUGAUAAUAGACAUCCAUAUUGUGGUCAAUUGACAGCUGUCAGCACAGGGUAUCUGCCGAACAGUGUUACAUGACUAUAUCGUGGGCUUGGAUGGCAACUCAUCGAGGUCACGUGUUUUUUGACCAGUUGUUGGCUUUUAAUUGUUCCCAGGCUCAAGUUUAUGUUUUUCAGUCAUAUAGAUAUAGAUUCGUGGAUUUCUUUGCAAUGGUUUGAAGUCCAUUGUCUGAUGUAAAUUCAAAAUGCAUAAACGGGAGCUUCGCUUUUAGCUCUGGCUAAAUCUGUACAAAUGUAUAUUAUGUUACUUUGUAGUAGUAGCCUUUCAUGACAUUUUGACUUAAGCCUUGGUUAUCCUUUACUCUCAACUUAGUCAUAAACUUUAACCCUUUUGGCAUUAAUGCUCACACACUGACUGAAUGCUACGUGCGCUGUGAUUGGUUGUUGCCCAUGAUCUAUCAGAGUACAGAUACAUGGUUGACGUCAUGUUUUGUUCAACAUAGCGCGUGGUUUUGAAAAUGUUUGUGAGAUUCUUUCGGAUUAAAGCAAGUGAAAGCCUCAGUGACAUCAGUGACACACUCGCCUGCGGCUCAUGUGCCACUUUUUUGUUUUUACCACAUUUGAGGUUAUCUGUGAUCUACUACUGAACGGACGCACGACAUUUGUUUAACAGAAUUAGUAGAGAGAACACUCUUGUCUUUGUUAUUUCUCAUAACUCUUUCUCUUGAUUGUACUAAUAUUGUUACAUUGUCAUGAGAAAAUUGGUGUUGGUCACUCUCGCAACUUGAAGGGUUAUGUCUUGUCACCUAGCAAUAUUGUAAGGAGAAUUUAGAUGCUGAUUAUCAAUAGUGUUUGAAAGCUGCAGAAAAUCUACUGGGUAUUGCAAUAUUCUGUUUUAACUUGCAACCCUUGCAUUACUAAUUUUCAGGUAGUACUACAGGGAUCAGAUGACAUUGCAAGUCGAGCUAUUGAACUACUUAAGGAAACGUUCACUUCUUUAGGCCCUAAACUAAGAGCAAGUCAGGUAUGUGUACCGGUGCAUCUUUAAAAUCUCUCGCAUAAAGCACCGUUACAUGUAGUUUUUAAAGAAACGGUGAUGCUAUGUUGAAGGGGCUAGGAAGGGUACAAAACAGAAUUUCUUUGGAAAAACUGAUUUGUUUUUAGCAGUUGACAAUUCAUCUGCCCCCUACCCCCUUUAGCGUCAGCCUCAGCCGUCUGUACUAUGUCGAGUAAACAGGUUUUGCUGUAUGUCACUGCCUCUGUUAAGUUUCUUCGUUUCUGCCUUUUUGAAAUUUUUGCUGUUUUAUUCUCAAUCCCCAAAAGUAAAAUUCGGGAAAAAUUUACCUUAAAAAUGUCUUUUUCAAUCCGUGUUCAAAAUUAUUAUGAAUCAUAAGACAAAAAGUGACUCUAAAAUGAACACAAAAUCUUGGAACACAUGCAUGAAUCAGGUGCAGAUGUAAUAGAAUAACGUAGAUUGGUUCUCUCAGAAUUAGUAGGUAUGACAAAUUGUACAUAUGAAUGUUGUUUCACCCAUACUUUGGUUGCUUGUUAUACUCAAAUAAACACAAAACGGUUGUAACAGUAUGCAACUCACUGUAAAUCACCAUAGUGGUUUCCAGUUAGAAAAAGUAGUCGUAAACUGUCGCAAAAGUUAGUUUGCGCAGAAAAUUCGCCCAUCCACAAAGUAGACAUUUCCUACAUUGUUUUGAACAAAGGCACCAAGUCAGGACUUGAGUUGACAAAAUACAUGGAUUUGUAUGAAAUUGUCGUGCACAAGUCAUUCACACACUGUCACAUUCAACGUCAAACAUCGGUUGGCCGUGAGGGUUUGAUGAAUUAAAUUCCUUUCCUCACUCCUGAACAUUUACUUCCGUCUCAGUGGCUCCCAGUUCUCGCUCCUACUUAUUCACUUCCGCUACAGACCGAAUACCUGUUCACAUUGCACCGAAGUGUGGCACAGAACCUAUCCGAUAUGUGAUGCUCCAUUUUCAAGAUCGGCGUGGCGCAGCUUUGCUCCGUUACAGAAAUCGCACCGAAAUCACCGUUCAUAUGUGUGACAAGAAACCCUAUCCGGAAUGGUUUUCGUGCAUGCGCAAGAGCUAUCCGAUGAACUUGCAUAAAAAUUUAAUGGCGCACAUUAGUUUGUUAUUGUUGGGUAAUUGCCUGUUGUAACAGUUAGUCAACCGAUUGUUUCAUGUUUCUCAUAGGUUGAAAUCCAUGAUAAGUUUAUCAUGAACUGCACCAAUCAAAUUCGUCAGUCCGCAGACUUAAUUUCAGUCAAUAAGAGUACAGAGAAUGCAACUAUAGACAAGAAGUCAGAGUUACCCAGAGAAAAGCUUCAACAGGAGGCUAAGAAAACAGUGCGAUGCUUGACAGUCCUCAGGGAGUAUGUGGGCGAAUGUGAUGAUGAACAUGCGGAGGAAAGAGCUAUUCUUCCUCACGGAAGGUAAGUGUAACGCUUGUUGUUAAAGAAUCUGUGUCAAGAAAUUAAUUUAAAAAAUUCAAGCAGUUUUAAUUGCCACCAGAUUGAUGGAAACAUAAAAAUAACCGUUCCAAAUAAUAGAAGAAAGUAUGAAGAUCAGAGCAAAUACACAAAGGAGCUAUGGAUGGAUAAAUUUCAAGAACAUUGAAACGGAUUGCUAUUGUGUUCGUAAAAACUUGUUAGUUUAACAGUUUUUUUACAGAAAAGUUCAUUUUAUUUGUUUGUAACAUUGAAAUAAUUCUUGGGAGACAUUUGUUUGAUAAGAAGCUGUGAUUUUGUCGUUUACUUGAAAUUUCUUAGGUUCCAUAGCAAAUAAGACCGCGUACUUGGCAUUAUUAACAAAAUGAACUAGACAGUCGUGCCAGUUACCGGUAAUCUCGCCCCCAAGUCAUUUCGCCCCGGUUACUUAAACCCCAAUUCUAGAACGAGGAAUAUUAUAUUUGAAGCGCGCUUGUUUUGCGUUAUGGCUUAUAGAACGAGGAAUAUUACAUUUGAAGGGCGCUAAAUGACUCGGAAAUAUGGGGCGAAGUAAACGGGGCGAAAUGACCGGUUACCGCCGUGACACAUCUCCUGUGAGACUUUAGAGCCGAUUAAAUAACACAGACUUGCCAAAAAUGUCAAGGAAACUGAAAGGAAACUGCGAAACUAUUCUCCCCGCAGACGUCUGACUCUCGUGGGGUUCGUUCGUCACACAUUCAUUUCUCCCCCCGGGGGAUAAAUGAAUGCGUGACGAACGAACCCCAAAGGACGUCUGCGGGAAGGCUACUGCGAAACUGGAAUAAAGAUAGAUGAAAACUGUAAAACUGCAGACUGUUAGGGGGUACGAUAGAGACCAUAAGAUUCGAGGACGAGAACGAUUACGAGUACGAGAUUUGAUUCAAAAGUUUGAAUGGUUCCUUGUACUUUUUUUACACUAGAAAAGUUAGCACUGUUAUCUUUAUGCAAGGAGGUUAAACCCUCUCCCGAUCGCAAAAUGAUAACGUUUGAUAAUUUAAUGGCGCCACUACAACGUUCCUGCUAAAACGCGUAGUAGAAUGACGAUGACUUUCACGUUUUCCCGCCAAAAUAACGGUGACUCACGCGCGCGCAAUACUAAGUAUUGAGAAAAUCUCGUACUGGUAGCCCGCUAUUGUACGCACUACCAAACAACUCAACCUUGUCCCCAGGUCUUCUUGGUUGACCGUUCAAUAUCCGGCAAUUUUGCGGCACACUUGACGUCAUUUUUCACAUAUCGCAAAAUUCUUCCAAAUUUGGUCGACUAUAGCUGGUUUUGAUGAAUUAUGCGUUGGAAUUUAGCCAAUCAGAAAGGGAGAAAUAUUUUGAACGAGUAAUAAUUUACUUUAAUAAUCUAUUACAAGACUUGAUAUUUUUCUUUAGAUCAUGUCGUGGUCAGCAUGUGUCACUCAUUGUCAGAUUUCCCUCACAUGGUCGCCAGGGAGAUGACUUUGAAAUUUGGUCUCACGCAAACGAGUCAAUAGCAUCUGUUAGAAGACAGAUUUUAAGCAGGUACGUGCGAAUAUUAUGAUGUCACAGACUGCGAGUAGUCUUUCUUUUCCCUCAGCAGUGACGAUGGCGCGCGCAGAUCUAAAAACCAGCUUGACCAAUGCAAUGACAGAGAGGACAAUUAAGCGUCAGUAGCGUCCAGUCCUUCCCGCGCGCUUUCGUGUUCUCCUUUUUCGCCGCGUUAUCAUUUGUAAAUCUGCUUAUUUUAUUUUUGAAGUUAUUAUCGAUACACGCCGAUGUCGUCGAGGUUUCACAAAGUGAAUUAUUCUCAACAGUCUACAGGUCGUGGAGGUAAAAAAAGUUGUUCCUGUGUUUAGUCACCGUAAAGCUUUACCAUGGAUUGUCGAAAUUUAGCCAUGAUACUCACAGUUUUUUGGUCGUCCCGCGUUACGGGAAUCGCGUAGCGCGCGGCGCGGUUUGGGUCUCGCGAGAGGAUAGUAACAAGUAAGGGAUCAUUAUACUGUAUAAUCCUAAUCCUUAUCCUGAUCCUAAUCCUUAUCUUUCAACGUUGUAACAAAAGGGUGAAGGGCUCUCUGCAGGCAGCGAGACUUGACCUUUACGUCAAUGGAGAGAUUUUAUCCCCAUCUGAUGAUAAGAGACUUAUUUCACAAGUACCACUUCGAGACAGAACGGUAAGUAUCGAAAUUAUGAAACUAUAACUUAGGCUCUGUUCACACUAGGUGCUUGAGCACCAGUGCCAGGGUACUGGCACAGAAUGAUGUUGCGUUCACACCUUGGGUACCUGAUAUGUAACUGUAUACCUGCUCCAUUGCGCCUUGUCAGACGCCAAUUUGGAAAAUGUGAGCUUAGCGGGAGGUCUAAGGUUGGCAAAGCGAUGGAUUUUAGAUCAUUUUGAUUAAGAAAAUCAUGAUUGAGGCAGCAAAAAUUAGCCGUGAUCUACCAGUUAUUAAAGUUCUCAUUGCAUGAUACAUUUUCUUAUUUUUUUCGAUUCCUCAUUACGGACAUCGUACAUUUUUCAUUGCACAAUGCUUUACCCUGCGAGCCACUCUCUCGCGAUAUCUAUAAACUGGCAUGGUAACAGAGGUAGGCUUGCUGAGAAAAACAUCUUUCUUAUUUCAUGACCUUGUGUGCUUGUUGUUUUUUCUUGUAGUUAAUAACAGCCAAAAUUGGAACACUCAACAGUUCCAUGCCGUCCUCGCCAGAUUCCUCGUCUGAUUCAUCUGGUGGAUCCACUCCAGCUGCACUAGAUGGGCCAAACCUGGAAGCUGAGAACUGCUUGCCAGGAGUGGUAGGUUACAAAGUGAAUAAAUAGUUCCGGUAUUACCCUUUCACUCCGAAAUGACAAAAUGUCCAAAUUUCAUUUUAAAAAUACUGAUAAACAAACAGGUUUCAUUUUAAAAAUACUGAUAAACAAACAGGACCAUGUGUUUGUAUUGCCAAAAUGGUUUCAUUUGAAUGGUAACACCAUAGGAUUUCAUCCACAGACUCAAAAGUUAGAACUACAUACUAAAUAAAUAGUACCAUGUGAAAGUACUGCUGAAGAGGUUUUAUUUGAAUUGUAUAUACACCAUAGGAUUUCAUCCACAGACUCACAAGUUAGAAGUUCGUACUAAAUAAACAGUACAACAUGAAACAGAAAUUACUGCUGAAGAGGUUUCAUUUGAAUGGCCAGACUGUAAAAUUUUAUCUGCAGACUCAAAGGUUAGAACCACCUCACAAGUACACCAUACUAGUGUCCGAUAUGUUAAAAUUCAUACUUGGCUGCGAGGCUUGGGGGAAUAAAACAAAAGAAGUCAUCGUGAGGCUCAGUAGUGAUUAAUACAUUUCUUUUGUUUUAUUCCCCCAAGCCUGGUAGCCAAGUAUGUAUUUUGAUAUAUAGGAAUUGGUCUAUUGCAUCAUAUGAUGAAGAGCUUCGUGUUUUUACUGAAUCAGAACUGUUUUGUUUUUUGUUUUUUAGAUGUUGUCAAAACGCCAUAGCUUUAUGCAGUACCUGAUUAAUCUUGCGGAUCAAGGAAUUGUCCACGAUGUUCCUGAUCUAAGAGAUAGAGUACAACAGCUACUAAACCUCAUCCCUUCAGGUAAAUCUCUUUCAUCUUUACCAUUAUUUACUGUAUCUGGUUAUUAUACUCUUGUAAACGAAACAAACAACGGACUACAGGUGAAUAAUUAGUUUUCUUCUAAUAUCAACCUUUUUUUUUUACCAAAUUUUGUUUUUAUGUAUUUGGUUUGUGUUCCCUCGAGCGCUGUGGUUGCGACUGACUGGAUGUUGGCUGGGAUGGGAGCCUCUGAUUAGCUGUGGCGGAAUCCUAUUGUAGUACUUGCCAUACAUAUUUUGUCUAUGUUCUUUUUUUUUUUUCAGACACCGAAACAGUAGGAAAUAUCAAGAAUGUUUGUCGAGCUUGUUCCGAAAACUUCUCAAAGACCUCAUCUCCGUCACUAGAUGCCAUGUUUUUCAUUCCCUCUUCCACUCAAGUUCUUUAUAACCUAGAGGUAAGAACCUUAUUGGUGGCUGUGUAUGGCUAGGUAGCUUUGUUAGUGUGUCUGUUUUGUGACUGCACCUGCAUACUUGCCUUGUCUGUCUGUCUAUAUGUCUUGUCUGUCUGUCCGCCCGUCCGUCGGUCCUUCCGUCUGUCUGUCUACCUGCCUGCCAGUUAUUAUCAGAGAACUGAGGAUAUCUGUUCGGUUCAUCGCGUCAGAUUCUUUUAAGCGGAGUCAAAAUUUUUCCAAUUUGUUUUAUUUUUCUGCGUUAUCUUGGGUAUAGUUUUAAGAGAUGGUUGUGCCGGAAGUUAGUAGAGAAAAAAGUUAAGUCUUCACCUCAAUUUAAUAAUUUUGUAAAACAAAAUAAAGCAAAACGGAGGAGUAUUAUACCAGUGACGUAAUUUUUUUUUGUUAUCUUUCAGAUUGUCUAUUCUCUUCUUAUGCCUGCCUCCUUACCAGCGCAAGAUCACCAAACUUUAGAAUUUCAAGUAGGUUUGGAAUAUGUGUAUAUCCUAAUCUUUGUUCUUUGUGAGUCGUCUGUCCGUCUUCUUGAUGGUCUGGCUGACCAUCGUGUUUCGCUCUUGAAACCCAGCUGUGGAAAUUUAUUCCUGUGUAGGAUUAUAAUUUAUUGAACGGAGCAGCUACAUUGCGUUUUUAUUGAAAAAAAAAAUGAUAUGUUAAUUUUUGUUUAAUGUCAUUUUAUCAUGCAGUCUCCUCUUUUCUAAAUGUCAUAACUUCAUUUAAUAACCUCUGCGGUGCUCAUUAAAACAGUAAAAUAUCUUAGAAAGUUGUUAUCAACAACAACAUCAGUAAUAACAUUGGUUUUGUUGCUCAAGUAUGGUGAGAGGAAGUGGCUAGGGGACAAUAAAUAGUCCUUCGAAAUGCUUACUAAGACCACCAGGCCCCGGUUGUUCUAACGUCGGAUAGCGCUAUCCACCGGAUAAAUCACUAUCCAGCAGAUAGCGUAAUUGAUUUCCGUAAUACUUAUGCGCUGGAUAGUGAUUUAUCCGGUGGAUAGCGCUAUCCAACGUUUGAACGACCGGGGCCAGUUUAUUAGCCUUAGGAAGCAGCCGACAUUUCGCAAUGCACCACUGGUAUCCCCCCAAAAUGACGUCUGAGGAACGACUGCUGAAAUUCCAUACUGGUGACGUUUCAUUACUCAGAUCUGGCUUGUGCUUUUGAUUGGCUGAAGAAAAUUUCCCUCGCUUCAAGACCAAUCAGAAGCACUACCCACCGACGCGCCAUCAAUAUGGAAUUUCUGUGCCCUUUUCUGGGACGUCAUUUCGCGCCGAAACCGAUGCUGGCCUCGCGAAAUUUUGGCCGUUUUCUCAGACUACCAGUUUGGUAGUUACCAGACGUUUUUAGCAAUUGGAAAAGGAGCUACACAGAGAACCCCUUGGCUACAACUGAAAAAAAGGAGGUGAAAAUAUAUCUCAAUUCUGUAUAUUGCAGGUUCACUUCUUAAAAUGUGGUGGUAUCCAGUGUGCGCUUAACAUGUUGACAAGAACAGAUUUCCUUGAACAUGCUGAUGUUUUAACUAAAAGGUAGGAAGGUGCCAACUGAGCUGUUAAUAUAAUUAAAACCCUCGUUUUCGUUGUAUCCUUUCAUUUGCAAGGUUUUUAGUGAUGGGACAAACUUCAGAGCGAGGCACUAUUUAUCAGUUGCCGACCUAGAGAAAUCCCUUGAAAAAAUGUGCCGCCCGGGUAAGUGGCUUGGAAAUAAAGAAAUACAGAGAGAAGCUCGAUGAAGGACCUUGGACUGCCCCCUUCAACUCUAAAGGGAGUUUAAAUGACUACGACGCCGACUGUAGCGAACGCGUCACUUUUAAAAGCGCUUACAUUCGCUUAAACUUUAUCGCGAUUAUUUGAACUCCUCAGUCAAAUGCAGGUUAAUUUUUCAAGAGUUGAAAGUUUGGGGAGAUCAUUCAAGUUCGAGUUUACUUUGCAGUGAAACCACUCAUCUGCGGUUCGUGGUUCUACUUGAGUUUUGAACAUUUUCUAUGGUCGAUAAGAGAAAAGAUCAUUGAAAAAUGUUGUCUAUUUGUUUAAUUGAGGUUCGAGACUAAUUCAAUGCCUCAAUUACAUCCAGCCAAACUUUUACAUAUAAUAUGCUAUUAUUUUUUACAGAGCUGCAUACUACACACUUCUUAAAAUGUCCAAGUUGUUGCUGACCGUAGUAGGCUAUGCACAGGUGACCGUUGUUGCAGAAGCUAUUCAGCCAUCAGACCCCACAUGCACCCCACCUCCCGUUUCUGCUAGUGCCCAUAAUGCCGCCGUGAUUUUACAGCAAGCUUUGCAGUACAUUCCAAACCCCGCCACUGAGUGUAUGUUAAGAAAUAUGGCUGUUAGACUUGCAGGACAUUUGAGUAACUUAGUAAGUAUACAUGUAAGAGGGGGCAUUUGAUUGGCUCGUGACUUUGGAUUAAAUUCUGUAGUGUGACUAUUCAAAUGAAGCCUCUUCAGCAGCACUUUCACGUGAUGCUAUUUAUUUAUUACGAAGUUGUAUCUUUUGAGUCAACUGAUGAAAUCCUGUGGUGUUACCAUUCAAAAGAAACCUCUUCAGUAGUACUUUCUCGUGAUACCAUUUAUUUAUUAUGCCUAUUGAGUCUAAGGACGAUAUCCUGUGGUGGUACAUGUACAUGUUCAGCACGCUAGUGUAAUUGUAUACCUGUUAAGACUCAAGACCCUGAAACCCCACCCUGUUGGGCGGCACAUACCAGUUUAGGAAAAGUACGGGAAUGCCUCCCCCGGAAUCCUAUGGUGUGACCACUUAAAUGAAUUCUCGUCAGUGGUACUUUGAAAAGUUGCCAUUUGUUUCUGAGUAUUUCUCAAUUGCAUUUGAUAGCUUUCGUCAAUUUUCCGGGGGGUACUCAACAAAGUUUUAUCAGGGUAGGCUCCGCCACGCGGUCCAACCCCUUACCCUUUUACAAACCAUUUCGACAGAAAAGGUUCCCCUUUUUUAUACCUUCUAUUGACAGUUGGUACACCUUUUACAUACCUAGUUACGAAAGCCCUAACCCUUUUAACUUAUGUGAAUGCACUGCAAUUAAAAUAUGAAAAUAACACAAAACCAGGAAAUUUUCUCGACUUUUUCUCAGCUUUAAAUUCUUCUGUUAGCCCUUUUAAGGUAUUUUUACAGACGGAAAUGAAAGAUUACCGUACCCAUCUGUAUACCUUUACUAGUGAAAUCUCUAAACCUUGCUAUACCUGACGCCUGUAAAAGGCACCCCUAUCAAGCGGAACCUCCCCCUAUAUUAUAGGGAGUACCACCCGGGGUUAUCCCUGGGAAUAAAAAGACCCCUUACAGUAUGUCUUUUUAAACCCUCUUUUUAUGUAGUUGAAUGGCAAAGACUUUUUUAAAUCUGUCGAACUUCUGCUCUACUGUGUUCACUUUGUGAAGGUUUUAGUCAAAACCCCAAAACAUUGUUAUUGAGAAAUUCUAAAGGUGGCAAAUUUGUUGCAUUUUCUAAUUUUUUAGGUCGCAGGUCCUCUACCUGAACUAGCUGCCAUUAAGUCAAUACAGCGGUUAUCCUGGGCGGCUGGAGUUGGCAUGUUGCACUUAAUGCAGUCUUCAAACGAAGAGAUCCACAAAGCUUAUGAAAAGGUAACACAGAACUGUUCAUACCGACUUACCGUGUAACAGGCGCCCUCUCAAAUAAACGCCUCUUGUCUGACAAUAACAUCGUAGAGGGGGCAUUUAUUAGGGAGCUUAAGCAAGACGGCGGCGGGUACGAAAAAAUCACUUGAAAAGUGAAGUCGCGCUGCAUCAAAAUUUAUCACGCUUAUUUCAUCUCGCUCAAUUCGGCAAAUGUUGGCAAUUUUUCUGGAGUUGAAUUCUAAAAGAAAGAAAAAGGAGGUCUUUCUUGUGCUCGCGUCUUCCACAAAAUGUGAAAGUAAGCAUUUUCACGUCGUAGUCGUGCAGUGACGGCAAAGAUAUGUACAAACAAGCGUGAUGCACGUGCAAAGUUGUUGUUUUUCUAAUCUAAACCAAUUGCUUUGUUGCCGCUCUCGUUAACGUCGCCUUCGUCGUUGCUUAAGCUCCCUAAUCUUGCCUUAGACGCCCCUCUCAAAAAAAGGCCCUUGUCUAAUUGACGCCCCCUGUCACAGUUACACGGAAAUACUAAGAAUCAACUAAAAGGAGCAAAAUCAUUCGGGUUCGCACAUUUCGCUUUGUUCCGUUAAUAUCUAGUUCAAAUUAGCGAUAGAGUAACGAUGACAACACAAUGACCCUGAGAAAGAAUUCUGACAUCGAAAUUGAGAUGUGGGAUCUCUAUCCGUCUAGACUGGAUAUCACCUUCUUUAUAAACUCUCUUCAUAGAUUGUAACAAAUCAAAAUAAACACUUCUCUCAAUUAAACGUCUCCUAUCCAUUAAAUACAAAAUUAAAUAAAAGCCGCGGGCGUCUAUGAGAUCAUUAAACGGUUUUUUAAGGCUCCAGGAGGUGGCGUUUAGAAGAUAGGAGGCAUUUAAAAGAGAGGGGCGUUUAUUCUCGUAAUUUUAACAAGCUCAACAACACUAAUGUGCUUUUGGCGGAAAUAUCAAGGGUGUUUAUAAAUAGCGGAAUAUCCAGUCCAUCAAUUGAUACAUCCAGGCCGUCUCGAGAUCCAUAUUCGCUCAGAAUCCUCGCUCAGGGUUAUUUUGUUGUCAUCGUUAGUCCAUCCUUACUUUGAACUUACAGGGGAACAAGAUACAAUGCGCAAAACCUUGUUGAUAAAGCGAGAUACUGAAUAAAUUGAAUGAUUUUGCUUCGUUUUGCUAAUUCCUAGUGGUUUGGAGUAAUUGUCAUGGGGGGCAUUUAUAAGACGGUUUACGGUUGAUUCGCCGCCAACCAACAUGCCACCAAGUAAUGACUCUGCAUUAAUCGACGUGUUUACUCACCUAGGAUUACUUACCUAGAAUUUCUACUUCUUCGCCAAGCUAAUUCGAAUUUGAUUACAGAGUUAUUACUUGGUGGUGAGUUGGUUGGCGGUGAGUCUACUUCUUGGUAGAAACUUUGUUGGUGGCGAGAUGACCGGUUACCUAUUUACUUUUGAAUGAUAACCAGCUUUUUUCUUUUCAUUUAUAAACAGCCUAACCCGAAAGGCCUCCAAAAUGAUGACGUCCAAGUAGCAAGGGAAGCUCUGGAAGUAAGUUUGGCAAUGUCGGCUAUCACUUUGACUGUAUUUGUUAUACUUUUUCUUUUCGUUUUAUCCCACCCUGCCUUACCUACUUUAAGACAUCAAAAAAAAUUAUUUUAAAGACUGUGUAGUCUUUAAUUCCUCUUUUAUCCGGUCGCUAAUUAUAAGCUAUAAGUCGCUAUAAGUUUGUACGUUUACAAAGUUUAACGGGUUCGUGUGAACAAGACCUUGAAACCUCGAAAUUGUGCAAGGGCUAUCACUGUUUCAAUGAUUAAUGUCACCUGUCAAUUCUGCUGUGUUUUAAUGGCUGACAUUUCCUGAAAUGUAUCUUGCAAAGAACUUAAGUUUGCUUAGGCGGUUACUCAGGUAUAUACCGCGACGCCUUCUUUGUAGAUUCUGUGCUUGAAUAGAGAGCUUAAGCAUACCGCGCGUUUUGGGCGACGUUCGCCAACCGGAAGUGAGUCCUUUUCCCCGGAAGUGAGUCCGGAAGUGAGUCCUUUUAAUAUGCCUUGACGCUACCAAAAUUUGUAUUGCUAAAGCUGAUGUCACAGGAGACGACUCGCAACAACGAAUUUAGCGCAACACAGCGUGCGACAUUGUUUCGAAUGGUUACAACAUUGUUCCGACAUUGUUUCGAAUGGUUACAACAUUGUUCCAACAUUGCAGCGCUGUGUUGCGCUAAAAAUCGUCGUUGCGAAUCGUCCCGUGUAACAUCACCUUGAGUGUCUUUGCUCUAAUAGAGACGAUAUACCCAAACAUUUGGGCAAAACCACCGCCCAAGAAUACAAGAAUAGCCCACUUACUUGCGUCGCUCAUAAACGGCCUUGCUUAGGUUCUCGUUUGAGUUAAAUAACGGGUGGAGUUUUGUUUGAUUGCUAACUAGAUUGACGGUUGUCAUAUUUUAGGUGCUGAGUGUGUGCCUAGCGCUUCGUCCCAAUGCUUUGGAAGCUCUUACCAAAGACAAGUCGUGGCAGUGUUUUAUUAUUGAUCUUCUCAUCUUGUGUCAGAGCAGGUACUAUGAUCAGUCAAGAAUACUCUAUAACAGUUUUGACAACCACGAUAUACUUAACCCCACACUGCUAGACUUCGGGCCUGUUUCCUUGGAGGUGGGGGACCCCAGGUGGGUGAGGUAACCCGCUUGGGUGGGGCAACCCGCCUAUCCAUGUAAUCUCUCAUUUUAAUUUGGUCACGUUUACAUGAUAGGCGGCGUGACCAUAUGAGAGAUUAUAUGGCCAGGCUGGUCACACUAACUUAGCGGGUUACCUCACCUAACUGGGGUCCUCCAUCUCUUUUUAAACAGGUCCUAAGUUAUUGAGACACCACACGUAGUUGUAUCUUUUUAGGCUCCGAGCAAGCUAUCCAUUUGGGGAACAUCAUGAGAAGUAAACCAGCGACACGCGAGAGGAGGCGUGAGAGAGCGGCCUCUCUCGCACAUUCUCGCGCGGCUCGCCGAAAUGGAGAGCUUACUUGCCGGCUAGUAUCCGUGAAGGUCCAUUCACAGCAGUGCACUUGAUGUAUUGACAAUUUAAAGGGGAAAACUUCCUCAUGCCUGCUGGUAUUGCAUAUUAUCACGAAAGGAAAUCUCAAUCCUUUCAGUUUGUUUUGAUUUUGUAGUGACGAUAAAUCACUCUUAACAAUACACACGUUGCAUAGCUAAGAUGUGGGUCUGAUUGGACAAAAUCACACCAUAUUGAGUGCUCGAGUACCGCGAUUCGUUGGCUCAGCCAAAUGUUAUACCCACGACAGCUGUUUCGUAUGUACAGCUGGAUAUGCCACUGGAGGGUAUCUGUCUCUGUGACCGAUCCCCACAACAGAUUGCUUGUGCUUGUAACACGUUGCCUACAAUGGAGUUCAAAAGUGCUGGGACCCUUAUGAAUAACAAACUCAGGGCUUCAUUCCAAACAAAUGUCUCCCGUGCAUUUUACCAAACAUUACAAACAUCAAAAAUGAAUGUGAAAAUGAAAAAAUCAGCAUGUCACUGACAUCAUUCACGAGCGUGGGACAAAGGAAAAAUCUGAGUCCCCGACAGGAUUCGAACCUAUGACCUCUCAAACACCGCGCGGGCGCUCUAUCCACUUGAGCUACGCAACCCUCCAGGUUAAAGUUUUUGCUCGGUCACCAUUUGGCAACCAACUCUUUCGGUUUAGGGAGACUUUUUUACAAAUCAAGUCGCCAGCUGCAAAAUUUUAGGCGCCAUGGAGACUAAAAUGGUCGCAACUUGGAGGGUUGACUACGGAGAACUCAUGGAGAGCGGGACCAUAUACUGGGUUCAUAUUUGACACGCGUCCCGCAUACUGUAAGGAUCAGCAAUGUCGAUGUCGCACUGUGUGGUGAAAGAAAUGAAAGAUGGUAAAUUUUAAGCUCGGUAAAACAAAAUGAACUUUGGAAAACUGUUUGCGAGGCUAACAAGUUUUCAAAAAGUACAAUUUCAAUCCGUUUCAAUCGUCUUUAAGUUUGUCCAUCCGUGUUUCCUUUUGUAUUUGCUGUGUUUCGUGACACUGCUCCUUUAAGUCCUAAACUGAUAGUAACAGAACGGAAUGUUAUAUUGACAAAAUUUGAGUCGUCUGUACUUUUCUUUUCUUCUCUUAAGGGCAAUUCGAUUCAGCACAGCAGACCAGUUCUUCCUUGUGGCUACAAGAUGUUCCCAAGGCCAUAGACCUCUUAUCUUUUUUAUUACACUUCUUUUCACUGUGCUUCUGGUAAGUUUCUGGAAUAUGCAGUUGGGGCUUGUUUCAGUUCGACAACAAUUUAACAAAAUAUUACAGAUACUGAUUUAAAAUAGAAUCACGUUUUUGGUCAGUAACUAGAGAGGUUAACGUCAAACGCGAAUUUUUACCACGCGGCCCUCUUUACUUGUCGUUUACCGUUCAUUAUAUCUACACCUAAAUACGUAGUUUCACGCAAUGUUUUAUCCAGAAGAAUUGUUUUGAGCUGUUUUUAUCUGCUCAUUUUCUGUUCUGAGAAAUUCUCAACUUGAAUCUAACGUUUACCGUAUACGCGAAGCUUAAACCCUCUACUGACUUCAAAAAUCAAUUUGUACCACGUGACCGAGUUUUCCCUUCAACUUCAUCACAUCUAUCCAUUAGAGUUAGAUGGUGUUUGAAGCCUCGUCAACAGUACUUUUGCAUGGCACUACUCGUUUUUCUGUAUUUCACUAAAUGAAAUUCAAGAGUUUUUCCUCCAAUUUUCAUAUACGCCACUUCCACAUUUCCCAUAAUGGACCUUAUUUGCCCCCCCAAAUUUUGCAUAACCUUUGCUUUUCAUUUCUCCUGGGUAUUACGGCCGUCCUAAGAGAGACUGAAAUCAAUGCUUAUGCCAAAUUUUGAGGGGCAAAUGGAAAGGUGGAAGUGGCGUGUUAGCCACUGGCAGCUUUAGUAGAAGCCCAAGGCCUUGUGGCUGAUGUUCCUUCCUUCCUUCCUUCCUUCCUUCCUUCCUUCCUUCCUUCCUUCCUUCCUUCCUUCCUUCCUUCCUUCCUUCCUUCCUUCCUUCCUUCCUUCCUUCCUUCCUUCCUUCCUUCCUUCCUUCCUUCCUUCCUUCCUUCCUUCCUUCCUUCUCUUCCUUCCUUCCUUCCUUCCUUCCUUCCUUCAAUCCUUCUUCCUUCCUUCCUUCCUUCCUUCCUUCCUUCCUUCCUUCCUUCCUUCCUUCCUUCCUUCCUUCCUUCCUUCCUUCCUUCCUUCCUUCAAUCAAUCAUUCAUUCAUUCACCACAUAAAAAUACAUCUACAAUACACAAGAAAUUUUUAAUAUGUUAAAGACGAUAGGCUAUUCUGAACAAAUUAUAUUACAAAUGAUCAAAGUGGUAAUAACAAGGAAGCCAAGAAAAAAACAACGUCAGGGGCUUAUGAACUAUAGUCUUCCUGACUUGUUUUCCAGUACACACGUGGUGUACAAACUUAAAGCAGGUCCAAAGGUGGUUGUGGCGUGUUGUUGUAUUAAUUACUCAUACUUUUUUUUUUUUUUGCAGGACUCCAUAAAGGAUCACGCUGGUUCCUCCUACGAGUACUUCAGCUUAUUUUGCAAGUGAGUUACAUGCAGUAUUUCUGGUUAGCACGUGACGUCACGGCGGCCAUAUUGGUGGUGAAGAACAAAAGCAUUUCACUUCGCUGGGAACUAUACUCUAUUUUCAAGUACAUGCUUCGAGAAAAAUUAAAUUCUGUUUUAUUGACCGCCAACAUGGCCGCCUUGUCAACCAAGAAUUAUAAUUAUCACAUUCAUCUUCGGUGAUUCGGGAAGUGCAUUUUCAGUAAAUCCCCCUCAUGAGUGAUCAUAUUACAGUGUUAAAAAAGUUGAAUAUGGAGUCCCAGUUUCCUCUCUUCGAGUAGGUCCGAAAAGGAAUGGUGUUGAUGACACUGAGAGACACUACUAACCCCAUCAGUUCUCAUUUCUGCCGCAUUAACAAGCUUUACUUCAAAAAUCAAUCUUUGCUGUUUGUUGCAUGUGUUACUCUUGUUGUAAUGAGGCUAUUCAAAUGGAAUCUCUUCAGCGAUAAUUUUACAUGGUCCUAUUUAUUUAGUACCUGUAGUUUCUACUUUUGAUUCUGUAGUGUAAGUAUUCAAACUAAACCUUUUUAGCAGUACGUUCACGUUACUAUUUAUUUAAUGUGAAGUGAUCAGUUUUAACUUUUGAUUCUGUAGAUGAACUCCUGUGGUGUUACCGUUGAAAGCUCUCCUCUCGAAUGAUACUAUUAGCUUGUAAAAGUACUUUGUAAAAAUUAAGUAUGUGAUUGUUUUUUUGUUUUUUUUUUCUUUCAUCUUUGGCACUUUGAGAGUUUCAGGCUCACCGUAUGGGCUUCUUUUUAUACAGGUUAUUAGCUCACGCUUACAUGACGCAUUGUCCGUUACCCACGGUAGAAAGAAUGCUUAAUACUGAAAUUGGAUGGCUGAAAAAGACAAAGGUGGGUCGCACUUAAGGCAGCCUUCCGUGCAGGCGUUCUGAGGGCUUCGUCACGUGUUCUCCCCCAAGCUGUAUUUAGGGGCCCAUUGGCGGAUCAGCAACAAUCCCCUCUGGGGUGGGAGGGGAGGGAUGAGUCACUUGGGGUUUGGUUAGGACGUCCAAUACAACAAUUUGUCCAAUAUUUGGGUAUUGAUGAGUCACUUAGGGUUUGAAAAACUGGGUUUGACAAAAAACUGACGCUGGGGGUGGGGACAAAGAACUCGUCCAAUAUUUGGGUAUUAAAGGGUUUGAAAACUGACCCAUGGGACAACUAAAUGACUACAUACAACAAUCCCCUCGGGGGUGGGGGGAGGGGAGGGUUGAUACUCGUUCAAUAUUUGGGUAUUGAUGAGUCACUUAGGGUUUGAAAAACUGACCCUGGUUAGGACAAAGAAAUCCUAAACUGACUACAUACAACAAUCCCCUCGGGGGGGGAGGGGAGGGUUGGUACUCGUCCAAUAUUUGGGUAUUGAUGAUGAGGUUUCACCCUGGUUAGGACAAAGGGUUUGAAAAACUGGACCCUGGUUAAUGAGUCACUUAGGGUUUGGCAAAAUGACCCUGGUUAAACUAAACUGCAUACCCUGUUUAGGACAAUACCCUCAAUUUUAUUACCCUGUUACAGCAGGGUUCUCAUUAUUAAGUGCCGUCAACCGGCUAAAAAACCGGCUACUUUGAGGUUUGAGCCCUGUACUUUUUGGGAAAAGUGGGUAAAAAAUGGAAUGAAAGCCUGAAAUUGCCUACAAUACUCGAUUGCUAAGCUUCCUACUUUUACACCCUAGCUGUCUGCUUUAAAACUUAAUGAGAACCCUGGACUGUUUAUGACAAAGGCCAAAAUGUACGCCGUCUUGUUUUAAAACCUUGUAUAACAUUUAUUUAUUUAUUUAUUUAUUUAUUUAUUUAUUUAUUUAUUUAUUUAUUUAUUCAUAUUUAUUGCUUUUGUAUACUUGGAGUACAGUCAGAUUUCAUCGAGAAAAUCAAAUCAAUCGUGCUGGCAAUACCCUGUUUAUAAUUAGGACAGACUCUCACAAAAUUAUAUACCCUGUUCAGGAGAGACUCGCGCGAAAUUAUUUGUCCUGUUAAGGACAGACAGGUCAAAAACCAUACCAUGUCCAGCGGCACCUCACCGUCUAGGCCAUAUAAGGAAGUACAUCCCCGGGCACCAAUCACAGUUUAGACAGUGGAUUUUGGAAACGUUUUCUCAAAGACAUUGCCGUUGUAAUGGGUAAUAUAGCAGGGCGAACACACUUUUUGACUGGCGUUUUUUUAGCGGUCGCCUUCGUUGUCGCUUAAGCUUCUUAUUUUUUGGUGCGUCACGCAGUCCUCGUCUCCGGGACAAUCCAAAAGUUGAUUCUACGGAGGAAGCUAUUGAUAUCGGAUGUUUUUGUCUGUACUAAUGCAAUGAUAUUGUUUUCAGGAGCUUGUUUUAUCCCACGAGGAAGGAAGUUCUCCUGUUGAUGACGCUCUUUUGGAGGGUCAUUUAGGAGUUACUAGAGAACUUCUUCUCUUCCUGCCUGCUCAGAAGAAGUACGCUAUUGGCUCAGAAAAGGAUGGUUCUAAUCUCAUUAAGGUAAAUAUUACGCCGGUGCAAUUGCUUACACUGAGAGAUGAUUAAUUCAUUUCAGUGUCAUCUCAUGUUUUGAUUCGCUAUAUUUAUAGAGACCUAUUGAUUCUAAGACGAGGACGAGAUUUUCUUAAUACUAAAUAAGGCGCACGCCUGAACCAGCGUCAUUAGGGAACUAAGCACCAGACGUUCUUAGUACCACGGACACCAACCGGAAGUAUUUUUGCAGCAUGACAGCCACUGCGCAUGUCAAGACAUUCUUGAGCUGCGGAACGGACGCGAGUUCUCAGGUUGAAACCAGAGGUUCAAAUUCUGGGUUCUUCGAAGAGUAUUCGUCAUACAAAAGUAGAAGUUCUUCGUCUGAAAUCAUGUUUUCUUCGUAAGAAAGAAACAAAACUUAACGCAAAUCUUUGAAAGGCAUUUUUAACUGAAUUAUUCUGUCGGCGUUCGUGACGGUUUCACGUUGUUUUGCUUAAUGAUAUGCUUUUGGUACGCAAACCGCUUCCCCGAUCCAGUUCUGCGCGGCCAGCCAUGCCGUUCGUGAAUCAAGAACGUCUGGUGCUUAAGUUCCCUAUUAGUGAGUUUUCGCAGUAGGAAGAAGAGGACGGCAAAACGUUUGUGUUUAACAAACGUGGCAGGGAGAUAACUUGCGUUUUUUGUCGCGAUCUUCACUUAACAUUACUAUGUUCCUGUCUUUAUAGUAAAGAUCUAUCAAUAGGAAGGUGAAGUUUGGCGGAAAAUAAAAAUAUAUAUAAUGUCACGCUUGUCACACAAGGUUUUGGCGUCGUCUUUCCUCUCCCGUCCUGUUGCGUAAGCUCAUUUUGGCGAGAAAACGCAGUAGCCGUUGUCAUUCUACCCCGGGAUUAGCUAAAACGUCGUAGUGGCGGAAACAAGUUUUUUCUUUUGUGAUCGGAAGAUGGCUUAACCUCCUUCAACAAAAAUAGCAAUGCAAAAACUACAAUGAAGCUUUCCAUGAUAUAUAUUUAUAGAGAAUAGGUGAAAAAAACGUCAAGUUUUAUAAAUCUGGUCCUCUUCCUCGAAUCUAACGGUCUCUUACCAGUUUAGAGACUGCUUUGUGAAUCACACUAAACGAAUCAACUUUAUCUUCUUCACCGAUUAAACAAUGUGGAAAAACAAAUGGCAUCAUGCAAGAGUAAUGCCCAAGUUAAAGAGGUUUCUUUUAAAUGAGCAACCAUGGACAUGAUUUGUGAUUUGUACAUAUGAAAAAUUGUCUUUGGGAGAAGUAAAAAAUAUUAUCUUGUUUACUUGGCGCUGAUGUUGAGCUUAAAGUAAUACCAGUGUUUUGUAAUUUUUUUUCAGGAUCUUGUGGAGGAUUUUGUUUUUCCUGCUUCCAAACUUAUUGUUGAAGCCAGGAACGGCAGUGGUACGUGCGGCCCGUUAAAAAGUUUUCAUGUUGUUCAAAUUAUAAAAGGAAAGAAUUUUUCUUUGUGUGGUGUACCUCCAUGUUUUUUUUUUUUACUUUUGAAUGUAAUUUGGAAAGCGAGAAAAACGUGAAUAUAGUAGCGAUUAAGUAAUAGUUCAAAGACCACAAAACGAGUUCAAUAAUUCCAACCUACUGGUGUUAAUGUUGUUUAUGUUUAUUCGUUCAAGUAUUAUUGGGGAGGGAAAUCACACCAAUAGUUCAAAAGAACACCACAAUUGCUUUAAGUUGUAGGUAAUUAUUUCGAUCAUACAUCGGGGGCUUUCAGGGCUCGCAGAGGUCAUGGAAAACCUGGAAAGUCGAGAAAGUUUAAGAAUUUCAUUUUCCAGGCAUGGAAAGUCAUGGAAUUUAAUUGUCGAUUAUGGGAAGUCAUUAAUUAAUUGAAUUGAAGUUUGAUAGAUUAGUUACUGCAAAUGUCAAAGCAAGGACAUGUAAUUUUAAAGAAAUGCAAUUUACGUAUCGUAGUACGAACGGCGCACGUUAUGGUGGACACCAGAGUUUGUCUGUUGAACUUAUUUAGGUAAAAAAAAAAUAAUAAUACGAAAAACAAAAACAAGAAUAGUUUUGCAGAAUUUUGAAAAAUAUCGAGAGUGACAGCUAUAUCUUAAUUCAUAGAAAAGUGGAAAACGUCAAGGAAAAGUCAUGGAAAGUCACGGAAUUUGAAGAUCAUAAAAGGGCACGUGACCUGUACAUUCACUGCCUCAAGGAAAUUAAAUCAUUUCAGAUACCAUUGGUCGAAAGCAUGUAUAUUGUAUGUAUUUUUGUAUUUUGCCAGAUGAAGUGUGGAGUAAGCGAGUUACACCAAUCUGUUCCACCCCGCAAACACUUGUUGCUGCAUUUGAUCUCUUGGUUGCCCUGUGUCGAGGAUGUGUUCAAAACCUUAAAGUCUUGUCCGACAUUCUUUGUGAUUUCUACUACUCUGGUAAAUAAUCUCUGUAGUUAGAGAGUUUCUCACAGUGUUUUUCAGCGUUGAAUUAAUAAACAAACUAAACGUUGAUGAUAAACAAGUUAAAAUGGUAAAGUUUUUAGCAUUUUUGAAACGUAGUCCUUUGGCAGUCGUUUACUUUUUUUUCAGUCUUGUGAUUUAUUGCUGCACCUUUUUUGUGACAGUUUAUUAGCAGGCGACAGGAGGAGCCCGCAAUCUUAACCUACACGUUGCUAUUACGCAUACUUGGCACUUAUGUUGCCAAAAAUGUUUGGACUUCCACUUACGGAGAUGUUACACGGAACGAUUCACAGCGCUCCAACAUUGUUGCGAGAUUGUUUCAAAUGGUUGCAACACUGUUCCAACAUUGCAACGCUGUGUUGCGCUAAAAAUCGUCGUUACGAAUCGUCCCGUGUAACAUCACCUUUAGAAUGAAUGGAAUGCGUAGAACGCAAUCUGUAUUCUCCGUGAUCACGCGCGUUUUAAGCUCGGCUAUCAACUUAGGCAAAACAUCAGCACUGGAGCAAGAGCGUUUUGACUUUCGAUUAGAGGCCUGAAACUCGCCCGUACCCCCUAACCUUUGGUUAUUACCAGCUCACUAAGAUCAAUAUCUACUCUCUAUUCUAGCUUUGAUGGUUCAUCUUUUUUCCCUUCUCGUCAGGUGAGGAUGCCGUCUUGAACGAGUGGGAACAUCUUCCCCCUAUCGGACCACGCCCAUAUAAAGGAUAUGUGGGACUCAAGAAUGCCGGGGCUACGUGCUACAUGAACUCAGUUAUUCAACAGGUAGGUAUAUUAAGGCUCUCUAAGGCAAGUGCAAACACGUUUUGUUAUGAGGGGAGUAUCAUGAGAAUCUUCCCAAUAAUGUGUAAAGUACGUUUGAAUUUAUGCUCGGUGAGGCAAAAGAUGGCCAAAAGAAAGGCAUUGGUUCAUUCUUCAAGGUGUAAUCAAACCAUGUUCAAUAAUUUUCAAGUACCGUAUUUAUUCGAUUAACUGGGCGGUUACUAAAUUUUUGGACCUUGAGAAUGGGCGCUUAUUCGAAUAAAUACGGUAAUUGUGUCCACUUCCGAGUUUCCCCGGGCCUCUGUAUCAAAACGAGGUUAAGUGCUCAGCCUUUGGUAUGGAAAUAAUUUUUCAUUCUCAUGCAAAUAAAACUCAUUUUCACGUCAAAGGUUGUGCACUUGGCCUCAUUUUGAAAGUGGGGGGUUUUGGAACUCGAAAAAAUCCCACGAAAUUGGUUAUAGCUGAGCGAGGAUGAUGUUUCGUCAGUCAGUGACACAAAUGACUCGGAAAAAAAUCCCUCGUCUCCUAACAGGAGUGGAGCUAGGACCUGUACCACUUCUACUUAAAUACUCUUUAACGUUUUCGCAUCCAAAAGAGAUGAAUAAUGCAAUGAGAAGAACACGUUUUGGGCCAAAGUAAACUACUAGGUAACUCGAAUAAUUGUGCUUACCCCAUAGAGCCCUUUUUAUACUUGGGCUCACAGCCACCUUGGCUCUCUCCUUGUUAACCCUUUAAGUCCUGAUAUCCACAUACAAAUUCUCCAAACUGAUCUCCAUAGAUUUCCUUAAUCCUUUCACUAACAAAUUUAGCAAUAAAGCAAAUUCGACCAAAUGUUCAAAUUUCAUUUUGUGAAAUAUUGACAAACAGAUAGGACCAUGAGUAAGUUCAGGCAGAGAGGUUUCAUUUGAAUGGUCACAUCAUAGGAUUUCAUCCGUAGACUCAAAAGUUUGAGUCACCUUACAAAACUCCAUCAAACACUUCGGUAGUGAAAGGGUUAAAGAAAUAGUGGAGAGAAUUUGAUAAAAGGUCAAAGCAUUUUCCCUGAGGUGAUCAUUUUUUAAAAUCUCAUAACCUUUUCUUUUGAUAAUGUAUUGAUGUUCUGAGGAGAAAGUUGAUGUUGAUCACUCUUGGGACUGAAAAGGUUAAGUGUUCUACUCCCCGUUCCAGUUGUUUAUGAUACCUGAACUGCGCGAGGGCGUGCUGGAGGUGGACGGAGCUGCAACAAAAGAAGACGAAGAUGGAGUUGAUGUGGAAGAGAAAUCGGAGAGCGAGAACACUAUCGACACUGGGUAUCAGUCUGAGGACAGUAGGGAGAAUGACAAAGAAAUCGAGGCAAAAGACCAAGAAGAGAAGUUAAAGAGAUAUCAAGUUAGCGUGCUAAAUCAGAUUCAAUUCAUCUUUGGACAUCUUGCCCAGAGCCAGUUACAGUUCCACGUUCCUCAAGGAUUUUGGAAAACGUUCAAGUGAGUUUUAUGCGUAAUUUGAUUUUGUAAAAUGGUGGAAGGCAAACAGCCUCACAAUGCUUUAGUUAUAAAAAAAUCUCUUAAUCGGGUUUAAGAAUGUUAUCUACAUACUCAACGUUAGAGUGACUUUGUACCUAAGACAAAAAAUACUACUCAGUAUCUUUCAUUUGAAUGGUUACACUUGAGGAUUUGAUCCGCAGACACUUAGAACCACCUUCCACAGCACAUUAAACAGUACCACUGGAAAAUUACUGCCCAGUAGUUUUCAUUUGAAUGGUAACAUUUCAAGAUUCCAUCCACGGACUCAUAAGUUAAAACUACCUUGUACAGCACAAUAAACAGUACAACAGGGAAGUACUGCUCAGUAGUUCUUGGUCGGCACGAUUUGAAAAUGACUGGAAUAGAUUCUUUACGAUCUUUUUCGCUUUUUUGACGAUGAAGCGUUAAGAACUUAAUGAUUUGCUAAUCAAGUUUUGUUCUUGCCUUUUGACAGACUCUGGGGUGAGCCCGUAAAUUUACGCGAACAACACGAUGCCUUGGAGUUUUUCAACAACUUGCUUGACAACCUAGACGAAGGCCUAAAGGCGUUAAGCAGCAAGCCACUGUUCUCUGACAUACUGGGUGGUAGCUUUGCUGAUCAGAAGAUCUGUAAAGGAUGUCCUCAUAGGUAUGAAUACCCUUUCUAUUGUUAUGUCACUGGCGUAUUUCCUCUUAUAAGUCCCAUUCUCAACUUUGGAAACGAAAGGGGAACUGGGGCCGAAAUGCGUCCCGCAAUUCUUGUUGGGAUCGUUACUGGGAACGCGUUGUCCCUAGUAACAGCCCCAGAAAUCUUUGCGAAAGUUAGCUCGAUCCAGUUCUCUUCUCGUUCUUAAGUGGCGAAUUGGGAGAUUCGAGUGGCGAAUUGGCAAAUUCAAGAAAGCAAGGAUCCAACACUUCUGCUGCCUGGUCAUCAAAAUUAACUUGCGAUCAUCAGUUAUGAAGUCCAAACAAUUGCUUGUGAGGUGACGUCAUCUUUUUCAUUGUACCCAGUCCACUCUCUCUCUGAACGUGCGCCCAGUGUUGGUCCUUGUUGUUCUUCAGUAGUCUUUUAUUACUAGGGAACUUACGCAACAGGACGGGAGAGGAAAGAAGCGAGCAAACCUAGUAUCUAACUCGGAAACCUAACGGUUUACCUGUAAUGUAUUUUUAGUUUUCCUUUUAUUAUACUGCAUGUAACUGACCGUUAGACUAAAACGGGAAAGCGCGCGGAAAGGACUAGACUCGACUUCCGGUGCCCAAUUUGCCUUUCUGCCAUUAGUCAAGCCAGUUGUUUGAUUUGUGCGCGCCGUCGUCAGCUGAUGUCCCCGUUCUGUUGCUAAAUCAGCCUCUGUCUAUAAGGCGGACACCUUAUGUACACGGAUAUUUACUGCCGGCCCCAAAGGCGUCCGUCUCAGAGGGAGCUUUCUGUGUCGUUCUUCAGCGAAAACUUGGUUAAUCUGAAUUAUAUUAUUUGUGAUGUUUGCCGAUGCAGGUAUUCCCGCGAGGCUCCAUUCAUUGCACUGAACGUGGACAUACGCAAUCAUCACAGCUUAGUGGACUCGUUGGAGCAGUUUGUCAAGGGUGACUUACUUGAAGGCGCUAACGCGUAUCAUUGUGAAAAGUGUGACAAGAAGGUACCUUACUGUUGUAUUCCAGCAUGUUCCUUGUUCUAAAGUUAACCCUAAGUAAUUUUCAUUUAUUUUUAUAUUUCCGUAUUAUUUUUAUUGCUUUUUCAGGUUGAUACAGUGAAGAGAAUGUGCAUAAAGAAGCUCCCCAGAGUGUUGGCUAUUCAACUCAAGCGCUUUGACUACGACUGGGAAAGGUAACCUUUUAACUCCUUUAGUUUCUUUCUCGAGACAAAUUUUGAGAGUCCUGUGCUCGCAAGCUCUUAAUUUACUCCCAAACCUGCAUCAAAGGUACUUCAAAGUGUUCGGAAUGUAUCCGCACCACGCAUGAUUCAGUCUUUCAAGGUGAUGUUACACGGGGCUAUUCGCAGCGACGAGUUUUAGCCCAGCACAGUGUUGCUAUGUUCGAACAAUUCUGUAACUAUUAGAAACAAUGUCGCAACAAUGUUGCAACGCUGUGUCGCGGCUAAAAUCGCCGCUGCGAUUCCUCUCAAAGUAUACGGCUGCGUUGGUAUUGAAACCUUGUGAAAUUAGUAACGAUGGAGAAAAACUGCAUUAACAAAACUGAGGCAUAUUCAAGAAAUUUCGCUUUAUGGUGCGAGAGGCUUGUAAGUUUGUAUCUCUCUGGCGUUGCGUGACAAAAUAUUUAUUCAGCGGUAUACAUGCACAGCUCAGGUAAGCACUGAAUGAAGGAAUGCCAUCUUCAUUCUUUUGUCUUUCAGGGAGUGUGCGGUUAAAUUCAAUGACUACUUUGAGUUUCCCCGUGACAUUGACAUGGAACCGUUUACAGAACUUGGAUUAGCCAAACUUCAAGGUAAGUCAUUAGUCUGAAAUGUCUGCUAUCCCUUCGGAAGUCUAAUACGGAGUAUUAAAAUCUCUGUUUUCAAAAAUAUACGGAUACUUGUCGACGGGGUCUUAUUUUUACAAGUUGUUAUCUUGAAAUAUAACUUUUUUUCAAGGCGAAAUGACAGAGGACACCAUUGAAUAUGUAUCUGAGGAGGACAAGAAGAUUAAAGAAGUGAAAAGCACAAAGUUUCGCUUGGUGGGCAUCUUAGUUCACAGUGGACAAGCGAGUGGGGGACACUAUUAUUCUUACGUUCUUCAGAGGUACUAGUCAUUUGAGAGCUUUAGAUUCUAAGACGAGUACCACUACAAGAACGAGAUUUUCUCAAUAGACUACUAGGUAGUGCACGCGCGCGAACCAACGUAAUUUUGGUGGGAAAAUGUGGUAGCCGUCGUCAGUCUACUACGAGUUUUAGCGAGAAUAGACACCUUUAGAUUCUAAGACGAGUACGACAACGAGUAUGAGAUUUGACUUAAAGCUUUUUCGCGUAUUCUCAAAAUAUAGACUCACCGGAAAGCUUCAUUUUACCAUUUUUCACGAGAAAAGUUAGCACUGUUACCUUUAGUGAAGGAGGUUACACCCUCCCCGAUCGCAAAAUGAUAAAACUUCUAACAUUUGAUGACUUGUUAACGCCACUUCGACAUUCUUGCUAAAACCCUUAGUAGAAUGACGACGGCUAUUACGUCCCCCCCCCCCCCCCAAAAAAUGACGCUAGUGAACGCGUGAGCAAUACUCAGUAUUGAGAAAAUCGCGUACCCGUAGUCGUCCUCGUCUCAGAAUCUAAAGCUCUCUAAUAAACACAAUGGGUCUGUUAUUUAAACGAAGUCUAACUUAGGCUGUGGUUUAAGAAAUCAUUGGACCCCCAGAUCUCUUUCUUAGUGGAUUAAUUUAAAAAAAAUAAGUGCUUUUCUAGGCUACACUAUAUGCUUGGUGGUGUUUAGUUAAAAACAUUGGGCAAUCUGAAAAUCGCUUAGAACGCGGUCUUGUUGAAGAGGAAAUGAACUCCGUUUAAAUAAGCGGCACACUCUCUUCAUGGUGAAUUGGGGAACAGUGAUGGCGCAGUGGUGACUUCAAGCCUUGUCUCCCAAUGCUGUGCUCUGAGUGCGAAUCCCAGAGGUUGCGCCGUUGCGCUGCCAAGACAGUCAUCAAAUUUAGUUAUUCUUUUGCCUUCAUGAUAAUUGGCCCUCGAUGCGUCGUUUCAAGGUAAAAUUUCUUUGAAUUCUGAAAGUAAAAUCGAGGCAAAGAGGGCCAAUUGACAUGAAUAUAAGUAAAAAGUAGUAUUGCCAAAAUUUUGAAAUAAGGUGUAAACGGUCGAUAGUGAACAGUAGUAUCCCGGCAUUCCAUUAUUGGUAACCAAACGUUAACUUAUGGUCUGGAUAAAGUUACAAAAAGGUAAAAAAGAUACAUUUUUAGGUAGUCUUAGAAAAAACGAAGUUUUAUUUAAUUUACGCUCAAUGUAGGGUUAUAAUGAUUAACAGUGAUUAUAACAGGUACCUAAAUGGCUUGUCGAUGAGUAAAAAGUAGUGUGAGAGAAGUUUGCACAGAGAGGCCCGGGAAUGGUAGCCAAUGAUUACGAAAGGGAAAUUUGUGAUGGCGUCUUAUGUGGGUUGAGUUUAUUGCUGGUUCUCGCUUUUAGUUGGCCGUGCUGCGAGGGUUUUCCCUUGGGCACUCCGGGUCCCCCCCAAAAAAAAAAAAAAAGCCAGUAUUUCGAAAUUCCAGUUGGAUCUGGAAUGGUAGAUCAAGAACAACCUCGUAGGUUUACUACUAUUUAAUGAUUAUCUAUUUAUAUAUUUGUUUUUAUCUCAUUUGUUAUCCAUUUUAACAAUUUUUGCCUCACUUGUAUAAAUCAGAGGUGCUAUUUUUAUAACCUUGCCAGAAAAAUAUGACCAUUAUCACCUUAAAAAUGAGGAAAUACUCGUGGUUAACAUUUCCACCUUGUUAAACUCAUCGUGGAUUGAAAACGUAGGUAAACAUAUUUAGUUUAGGCUAUGAGUACCUGAGUCCCAUUUUUUUCCUCACGGUUAGUGGAGCGAGCGAGCGAGUGACAUGCGUCAACUUGCGUGACAUCGACUUCCGUGACAAGAGGCAGAGAAAAGAGAUAGGCAAUCCCUUGUCACCUUAUACCACAAGCACAUAGCCUGCCUUACACUCCUUCUUAUAUUUUGAUAGUCAAUUUUUUGUUCUUUUUGUUGUUGUUGUUUAGAGUGUGUCCCGACUUGGCCCCGAAAUGGUUCAAGUUUGACGACGGCGAGGUCUCAGAAUGCAAAAUGGAUGACGAUGAGGUACUUGCGACUUGCUGAUGUAGUUAUUCUAGACUACGAGCAGUCUCUCUUUUUUCUGUAGUCCGUCGAGCAAAACGCGGGACACGCAAAUGGCCACGCGUGUGACUGAUGGCGCGAGACGGGGGAGACUGCCGCCCUCGUUUCGCGCGUCUCGCGGCUUCGCCGCUCCCGCGCGCGUGCAUUGCUCUCACUAAAUCCAGUACUAUCCUGCUCUAAAUCUGACGAAAAAGAGAGGCCGUUCGCAGUCUAUAUUCAUUUAGUUAUUCAUUCAUUUGUGAUUUCCUCUCUUUCUUUUCUGUUCAUGAGUUAUACUUUUGCGUCGCAGUGUUUCUUUUGGUAGCUGAUGGUGUUUCUAAUUGAUUAACAGGAGUUGAAGACUCAGUGUUUCGGUGGGGAGUACAUGGGAGAAGUGUUUGACCACAUGCUAAAAAGGUGCGUCCUAUCCUCGAUGUGCUGCUGUGACCAUUCCAUAACGUUAAAAUGGCUCUGAUCAGAUCAGUGAAUUAACUCUCCAUUCUAACUCAAAAAAACUAGAAAUUCAGGGCUGUCGGUGCAACAUUGCCUGCAAAUGCGAGCAACUUAUUUUUUAAUCCUCGUGGCUACACGCUACUACAUUUAGUGCAGCAUAUCUUGUUGCACGUGAAUGAAAAUUUUCAAAACUUUCAUUCACGUGCGACCUUUCAUUUAUCGUAUUUAAUUUGUUUACGCAGGUAGAAAUAACGCGACAGUGGAAAACCACCUUAUUUCAUUUUCAAAAUGACGGGUCCUAAGGAAACCAUGCUUACUGAUUAAGGUUUAACAAACUCAAACGGUUUGGGCGAAUGUUUUUUCGUCAGUGAGAAUACAAAAUUAGACAAACGUUAUUUGCCUGUGGGAUGAUUGUGAUUUUCCUAAUAUAAUUUGGUAGCACACAGGGAUUUAAAUAGCAUUUCUCCUCUCUUUGCUCCGGUCCGCCUUAUUUUAUCUUUUUGUUUCAUGCCAUAGCCAAUGUCACUUACUUAUUGUCUUUGUCAGGAUGUCCUAUAGAAGGCAGAAGAGGUGGUGGAACGCUUACAUGCUCUUUUACGAACGUCUUGAUGUCAUGGACACAAACAGAAGAGUUGAUGUGGACAGAAGUAAGUUGCUUGCCGUUUGUAAAACGGAAAGAGAUUUUGUAAGCACCAAACAGCUCUACUUCUAAAGCUCGUUAAGAAUUCAAAAGCCAGUGAAAGAGGAAAUCAUGGUCUGUGACUUGUUUGUUGUGAAUUUUUAGGACUUUUUGAUGUGUAACCACCAUGCUAUACUGUUUUUGUUUUUAUCAAGGAAAUAACCAAAUGUUUAUUUUUUUUUUUUGCCUUCUUCAGACUGCAAAAUGCCAGCUGUGAUUGAGAGAGCGGUUCGUAAACAAAACGUCCACUUUCUCCACAAUCGAAUUCAGUACAGUGUGGAAUUCUUCCAGUUCAUGAGAAAACUGGCUACUGCUAAUGCUGGAUUAGAAAAUUCGGUACGUGAAGACUUCUGUUGCUUUAGCUAUUGCUUCUUAGAUGGUCAAGCUAAUAGUUGAGUUGUAGAACAAACGAAUUUGUGUUUUCUGCACUGGCUCAGUCCGAGUACAUGCACACGGCGCGUUAGAAUUCUCUUUUCCCCCUGUUUUCCUGCAAAUCCGGGUAUGUGUCAUCACUUAACUUAUAGAGUCUAGACGCUGAGCAAUGUGUUGCUUAUUCCUGCUUAACGGCGUUUCUAAACAUCUUUUAAAAGUUUAUAAGCCGAACUGGAUAUAAGUCCCUUCUUUUAUAAGCAAACCCAAGACCCUUUACGAAGUUGUGUAAGCCUAGCGUAACCACGGAAAUUUCACUGUAUUUGUUUGGUAGAUAAAAGUAAAAGUGUGGACGCAAUCCGAUUGAAGCUUAACUGUAAUGGGUUCGUUUACUUACAGGCUGAAAUAGAGCAGUUGUCUAUGAUCAGCAUUCAGCUAGUUUCCAAGUUUCUUUUCACGACUGGGUUCCGCACGAAGAAAACCGUCAGGUAAUGACGUAAUACAGUCGACUCCCUUUAUAGCGGACACUUUAGGGGCCUUGAGUUAGUGUCCUCAUUAGCGAGAGUCCGUAAUUGCUGGGGUUUUUUUCAGUCAAACGUCUGUAACUUAUUUUUACCUGGGAUUUAGCUGCUGUCCGUAUUAUCGGGGUGUCCGUUAUAACGGGGCGUCCGGAAGGCGAGAGUUGACUGCAGAGACCAUUAGAUUCGAGGCGAGAGCGACUACUAUUACGAGAUUUGACUUAAAGUUUUUUACUCGUAUUCUUAAAAAACAAGACACGCCGGAACUGGCUUCAUUGUACUUUUUUCACUAGAAGAGGUAGCAAUGUUACCUCUAUACGCUCUUCUCACGUGUGGUAAUAUGCCCGUCUAACCUCGUUUUUGAGUAAAAAGUCCUUUGAAAUGCUAAUCAGACGACGUUUUCGUAUUUGAAUUUCAAAAGAAUUUUUACCCGUAAACGAGGUUAGACGGGCAUAUUACCAUAAGUGAGAAGAGCGUAUUGAAGGAGGUUAAGCCCUCUCUCGACCGUAAAAUAAUAAAACUUCUAAAAUUUGAUAACUCGCUUCCGUGACUACGACAUUCUCGCUAAAACUCUCAGUAGAUUGACGACGACUAUUACGUUUUCUCGCCAAAGUGAUGCUCAUUCCAGCGUGAGCAAUACUCAGUUUUGAGAAAAUCUCGUACUCGUAGUCGUCCUCGUCUUAGAAUCUAAAGGUCUAAUACAACUAUUCUUGUUUAAAGUGGCGUUCAGUGGUAUGGUGUAUGGCUGCAUAUCCUUCUUACCACUGGCUCUGAAUUAGCCAGACAAAUACUUAAAAUUGAAUCAUAUACCUCUUGUUAUUAAGCAAGUCCUCGUGGAAAAACUAAGCAACGAGCUGAGCUUUUUCCUUUCGGAUUCCAAACCCGAUGUCAUAGCUGGGAAACAUUCCAGCAGCACUCCACUGAUGACACGCGCAAAAAGUUUGGAAAUUCGCCGCAAAAUAGGCAGUUUUAUACAGACUGUAUCUUAUUUUCUAUAUUCAGUCUCUGGUGCUACGCAUACGUAACGGUCCAUAUUGCAGUGCUUGAAGAAACUAAGCUAGUGUUAUUUCCACGGUCUAGUAGCUAAUCAUAGCGCGUAAACUACACAAUCGUUUGAUUUGAGGUUUCAACAGUAAAUUCAACCUUGUGUUAAGUAAGGCAAACUGUCUGAUGAAAACAGGUUGCCAAUCAAAUAUAGGUGAAGACGGCAAUAAACAUAAGCUCGGCAAGACUUAUUAAAAGGGAAACGCUACAAUUGAAAUUCAAUAGAGGUAUCCGCCUAAUUGAUUUCGACACUUUAGCAAGUGACCUCUCGAUGAAGGAUGACAGCUGCCUUAUUACAGAUUUGACUGUAUGUUGUACUCCUUACAGAGGUCCUGCUGGUGAGUGGCAUGAUGCUGUGUGUAUGUUACUCAGACAAGGCAAAGCAGUGAGGGAAUGGUUCGCUAAGUAUAUGCUGUUCUCCUAUCCUGACCGCUUCUCAGAGUAUUUGCUAGAGUGCCCCAGUGGAGAGGUGAGAUAACAUAUAAUGUAACAGUGAACCCUAUAUUACUCUGUUAAUUGGACAUCGUCGGGGCGAAAUUUCGGCUUGUACCCUGUGUCGUGCUUGUAAACUUAACCCUUUUAGCCCCAAUAUCCACAUACAAAUACUCCAAACUGAUUUCCAUACGUUUCGUUUAAGAAGUACUUGAGAUAAUUUGGUAAAAGAUUAAGGCAUUUUCCCUGUGGUGAUCAUUUUAUUGAUUCUCGCAACCUUAUCUCUUGACAAUGUAUGGACAUUGUUAGGAGUAAAUUGAUGUUGGUCACUAUCGGGACUUAAAGGGUUAAAAGUAGUACUUCAUUCUAAGAUAAGGACUGUCCACGUAGCAAAAACUAAAAUUCAAAAAAUAAACCAUCUCUUUACCUGCGUGACAAGUUUCUGGGACGCCAUUGUAAUCUCGCACGAUUUAAAAACGUAACAAUUCAAACUUGCUCAACUGAAACUUUGCACAGAGAUAACAGCUCUGGAGGAAUUUUCUCUGAGUUAAUGAUUACGUCACGUAUAAAUCACCAUUGCUGCUCUCUAUCAGAGUUUGUUUUAAUCUUUACCAGGUAUUCAACUUGAUUAUUGCCCACCUACCCCUCCCCUUAGCCAACAUUUUGCCCUAAGUGAGAAGUAAGUGUUAAUGUGGGCUUACGGGAGGGAUAGGUGGGCAGUUUCCCAGAAACGUAUAAUUAUCCCAAUUGUUUUGCUGCUAGGCAUAUGUAGCUCAUUACUUCACUUACGCCCAAAUUUCAAACUUUUCGCCUCAGUAGACAUCAUUUCGCAUGUGUGAAGGUGCUAUCGUUUUGACCAUUUCAAAAAUGACCAAAUAUGGCCAUUUCAACACCAGUAAACAAACCUUCUGUUUUCGAAUUUGAUCCUCUUUUCUUGAUACGUACUUCAUACGAGAUAUUUUAUUUUCACCUGAAGAUAUAUUUAUUCAUAUUUUUAAUUUUUUUCUUCGGAUUGUUAAAUUUUAUUCUGGUGACAUUCUCAUGUUGUAGGUACGAAGUGCUUUUGCCAAAACUCUGGUGUUCUUAGCGCACUUUUCCCGUCAAGAUGGACCGUGUUCUCCUUACCCAGAGAGUAUUAGACACGAGACUGGUACGUUCACUUGGUUUUUGAUAAACAGUUUGUUGGUUGGGAUGGUAUAUGUGGCACGUAGGGCACUUGUGUGUUUGCUUAGUUCACACGAGCAGAUUACCCGUGAUGUCGAAUACGCGCGGAAAGACUUCAUUUCUGCGAUGCUCUUUGCCUUUUGUUGCACUUUGCGGUGUCAUGCUUGCAAUUGGCGCGUUUUCUAUACCAUAAUCAUCAUAUAGCAAAACUCGUUGGUCAUACAGGGGCUCCCCCUCGGUCGUCAUUAGUCAGACAAUUUUAAGAUGGCUUCGAUUGUCGGCGUCGCGUCAGAGGCGUAUCUCGAUCGCCUGAACAUAUUUGGGGAAGUCUUAGCGGAAUAUUUAUUUAAGGUCGCAACUUUUUUAUCAGGGUCUCUCGGACGAAAAAAAGAGAGAUCCCUGGUAACAAGGUUGAUAAGAUUCAGGUUGAUAAGCACAGUUGACAAAAAUUGGUCAUCAUCACGACAUCUCUUUUUCUUCUCUCUGCUGGGCUUACUCUUUGAGGCCACAAAUUAGCAGCUCCCAAAGUUUACACUUCGCUUUGCAUGCAAAUAUCAUCCUUUGCUUAUGUCAAUGCAAAUGGGAACAGCUGCUUGAGAUUGCACGUUUGUCGCAAGUGAGACGCAGACGUGAGCAGUAGUUUGGGUUUCCCAACCAUGCUACGAACACUCUUAUGUGACAACGCGAAAAUAUGUUUGAACGGUUUCUAGUUUUUGCUCAAAAUUCCCUUCUGUUUGUAGUAAUGCUUAAGUUAUUUGUUUGUUUGACAGAGCUUGACAACAAAGCAACACUAAGCGACCAUAUCUUAACAGCUGUACUGGGCCUGUUAAAGAAAGAAGUUCCCGAACAUGGCCGCCAUUUACAACAAUACUUUCACUUCUUUCUCAUGUACUCUAUGAUAGGACCUCCUGAGGUAUGUAUCCUAAUUUCUGUACAAUUGACCUGACCGUCGCGAUCGUCUCAAUCGCUACUGAAUCGCUGCAUUGGUCUAAAAGGAAACUGGUCGUUUCGAUACAAGUCGUUUCCGUACGAACUCAAGCAGUGAAAUUGCACUAAAAUUUGGAUCACUUCAAGUAAAGUUUGCAAUUGAACAAGAAAAACAUUUUGGGUGAAUAUUCUUCGUUCUUUAAGGCAAGGAAUUAGCCUAUAUCGAAACGACUUUGUACCGGCCGGUAACCGUCUAAAAAAUGUUUGAGGCGAUAUAGAUGUUGGGCAGGAAGCCACCUUUAGCAAAGACGUUUUUGAGUCACGCACUAAUCGUCUCCGUAAGAGAAAAGACACCUGGCAAUACCAAUUCUUUUAGUCAAGGUUUUGUUAAAAGGGAUCAGGCCUCACUUCCGUUUGACAUGCUUCGCACCAAACCGCCCUUACUUAAGCACACUACUAGUUUCCUUUUUAUCCAGACGAUUGCGAUCGUCCCGUUUCUUCCCCGCCUCAUCACUGCUUACUGUUAUUUAUACUCGCGCAUAUCGGAACGAAUUUUGCCGCUUAUUGAUAAAUUUGUCACGCGAAGACUGCUCAUGCACCCUGGGUACAAGAGAUCUUUUUUUUUUUCUCAAGUGCGGCGGGGUGUCUUGUUGUCGGCUGCAGACCGACAAAUCUUCGGUCAAAGGUCGAAGUCACGAAGUAUUCCCAAGUUCAAAUCUUCGGGACCACGCUUGUAAAUAGCCAACUGGUUCGCCUUCGGCCAGGUGGGAUUCUUUACCCGUUUAUGUUUGAUUUAAUUCAUUUGUUUCAGGAAUUUACUUGGCCCCACUAGCAUUAGUGCUAUAAAUACUGCCGAGGGUAAACAACGAAAUUUCAUUUUAUUUUAUUAACACCUGACCGAACGAGGAAACCGCGCAUGAAAAGUCUCUGGCACCCUGAGUAUUGUGGAGAGGCCGUGCUUGAUAAUUUUUAGUACAUACGUUUUGCUCGUUAAGGAAAUAUCUCAUACUUCUUUCUUCGUAUAUUUUUCUCCUGGCAGCGGUUACAGCUUCUUCAACUUGGUGUUCCCGCCACUUUCAUGCUGGUGGCGCUGGAUGAAGGCCCAGGCCCCCCAAUUCGGUACCAGUACGCUGAACUGGGUAAACUCUACUCGGUUGUGUCUCAGUUGGUCCGCUGCUGUGACGUUUCUUCGAGAAUGCGGUCUUCCUCUCAAGUAAGCUGGGCUAUAUAUAUGUGUUACUGAGUAAGCUUUUUCGUUUAAGAUAGCUGGUUAUUGACCAAGUUGUUUUAUUGCGUUUCCAUGGACCGCAAAUAAAAAAAGCGCAAAAAAGAACGCUUCUUUCUGCAGUGCGCUUGUGAAUUUUGAAAAUUCAAGUUAAACGGUGACCUUUACAUUGUUUCCUUUAUUAACAGGGAAGCAAACCAAAACCCAACCCAUUUGGCGAAGGACCUCCUCUCAUGGAGAUACAGCCUCUGGUCGCUGAUAUCUUGUUUAACAAAGCUACGUAAGUUGGUUCUCUUGUAUUCUUCUUGGUGGUCCUGUGUCAUGUUAAUUUUGCUAGCGGAGCUACGAAAGUUGGUUGUCCAGUAUCGUCACCAAAGCCACACAAAAAAGUUGUCAUCUGGUUUGGUAUGCCUGUGACACGCCCGUGUUACGAUAUUGCAAGCUGCGAAAGUUUGUUUUCCUCUGAUGUAGUUCAAUUUCAUCCUGAAAGUUCGAGUUUUCCCCCCUUUAUUUUAAGUUUAUUGUCAUUGGUUAACAUAAGAAAAAACAAGACAAAAUAUAUUUAAGUUAAACUUGAAAGAGUGAAAUUUAAUAUUAAUUUUUAAGCGGAAUAGGUUGUUUAUCUUUUAACACAUGGAUACCGUGUGUUACAACUGCUCUUGAUAUAUUACUACCUGUAAGUUAAUAUUGAUUAUGUUAAAUACUGAUGGUGAAAUGGUUACACAGAUAUUUAAAGAAAGUCAUUGAUGACAGCACUACAUCAGAAGAUACAGUGAAACUUUUGAAAGUAAGUGACAAAUCUGUUGUGGAGAAUGGUAAAAAUAAUCAGUUCAGUAUUCAGGACUGAAUUUCAGUUCAGUAAUUGCGUUCGACGCCAGGAAAACGCAACUCCUAAUCUUGGAUAUUUUGUAGCUCUCGGUCCGUCCACGGUCUCCUGCUUUGCAUUUCAUCCUCAAUAUCUCUUGAUAUCAGAACACUGAACCCCCUUUUGCCUAGCAAGUUCUUUUCCGUUCACUUAAAGUUUGAGAUAUCGUCGGGUAUAAAUUUUCCUUUUGGAGAUGUCUUCAAAUUUGCACUUGCGAUCAAAAGAUACUUUAAUCUCGAAUGCACUCUAUAUAUUAGCUAUAGAGUGUAGCUACUCUAAAAUUCGAGUUAAAAUAAAGGUUAUGUAUGGUUAUGUAUGUAUGUCCGUUUAAGUUCCGACGUGGGGAAUGCAUUCUUAAUUGUAUGUGAAUUUAUGUGUUUUAGCUCCUGAAAAAAAACGUGUAUUUACUAUUUCUUUGCAGUUUUGCUGUUGGGAAAACCCGCACUUUUCCCGCGUGGUGUUGAGUGAGCUUCUGUGGCAGGUAAGUUCUGAACCUCUAACUUCUUUCACACUUAUGUCUGCGAGCUGCAGAGAAAACGGUCAGGUCCACAUUCAUUACUAACUACGUCUGAGAGAUCAUUUGCCUUAUUGAAUUCUUAAAAUGACUCAAAGUGCUUGCAUUUCUUGAGUCCCGGGGUAGGCGGCGCCACAGUGUCGGUUAAUAGAGUGCUUUCCGUACGUUACAGUAUUAAAGCGUGGUAUGACGAAUACCGAACUUUUUGACCAGCUUUUCAGCAAGACAACGGGCAUUUUACAAAUACAUCUACUUAUCUCAAAAGAAUCUCUACAGUCUUCAAAAACUACUCACGUCUGUAUUAAGAACCCUCGGAAAGUAUUCCCAUUCAAGGUAUUUCCGUGCCUGGGCAGCGACUUUGAACAAGUAGUCUACACUAAAGAUUGGUAGUAUUUUUAAUAGAAUAGUACUGGUAUUUUUGAUGUCUUAGUAUUUAUUUAAUAUUUACCGUUAUUUUUUUGCUUUGUUACUUUGUCUUUAAUUAGAAGGUAUGCUAAAGUACUUUGACACACAAACAAAGUUAUUGUCACCAGCACACCCUUUCGAGUGCAAGCAGUGUUUUCUCUUUUUUUCUCUGCCCUGCCGUGAAAAUGAAGCAGAGGAAGAACUUGGACACAUGAUUAGCAUCUCGUGACCGCAAACUGCAAUGUGCCCGGUCUUUAAGCCAGAGCGUUGCCGAAAAAUGUGUGAAAGAUAUCCCUGUUUUUUUUUUUAAACGCCCUCAUGGUCACGUAGGAUGCGUUGAUGCAGGACGUGUGUCACAUAUAUGAAUCAAGUGAAUGGCCUCACCUGCGAACGCUGACGUAUUUCCGGUUCUGCCUUCUCGCCACCGAAAAGUUACUUUUCGGUUGGAGAGAGAGUCAAGAGAAGCAACGACCGGAAGUAUGUCUGUUUUCGCAGGCUAUAAAUGACCUAACCUUCCAUAACAAAUGGAUCAGUAGAGCGCCGGUUCCGCGUCCUGUGGGGUCAUGGGACUGGGACAAUUUUUGUCUCACGCGGUGAAAUGACUUUUUGGUACUGUUUUCAGGUGGCGUUUUCGUACACUUAUGAGCUACGGCCGUAUUUGGACUUGUUGCUGCAGAUGUUGCUCAUUACCGAUUCAUGGCAGAAUCACAGAAUUCACAACACACUUAAAGGUAAAAACGUGUGAGAGUUUUAGGUUCAGAAGCAAAUUUUAGCCAAAAACAGGUGUAUCCAACGUUGACGUGAUGUUCCAACUAUAAUCAGUUGUUCACCAUACACUCAGCGAUCUCCUAUAAGCUAAGAAAAAAUUGCAAUGUGUUAAAAUGUAGUUGAACUUUUCUAAAUUUUGCCUUUUUGUCGUUUAAUUUAUUAGGCAUACCUGAUGAUAAAGAGGGUUUAUUCGACACAAUUCAACGCUCGAAGAAUCAUUACCAGAAAAGAGCCUACCAGUGUAUCAAGUUCAUGGUGACUCUCUUCUGCAAGUAAGUGCUGCAAGAUUCCUUUCUGACACCAUUUCGUUAGUCAAGUACGUUUAGAAUUCCUCGGAAAUUCGAAAAUAUUCGGACGACUUCCGCACAUCACCGAAGAUGUUCCGACAACUUAUGGACGUUACCGAUGGGGUUCCGAUGACGUCCGAAUGUUGCUGAAGAUGUUCAGAUAACUUCUGAUAAUUUUUUGAUGAGAAUGAUAAUCUUUUGGUCAGUGACUCAGCCAACUAGGUAUAAAAGAGUCGAUUGUGAGAACUUAAAUUGUGAUAUCGAUGUUUUCGCUCCGCAGACGUGAGAGGUGCAAGUAUACUUUAUAGGGAAGCUUCCCGUCUUUUUCUUUUAGUAACUCUUUUCUGUCUUUCUAGCUGCCCUUUGGCGCAUCAUAUUUUGAUGUCGGCACAGGAUCUCCGCCGCAAGUGGACAUGGGCAGUGGAAUGGCUUAAUGACGAGCUCGACAGGGUCAGUUAUCCAAGACAAGUGGUAUUUUAUUUAAUCUGACUCUACCUAGUUGUUCGGAAACCAAAAUUCGAAUGAAUGACGAAACCACACUUUGCGAACUUUGAUUUGAGUGGUCGCGGGGCAUCAGUAGAUCAUUAUACGUUUCUGGGAAACUGCUCACCUACCCCUCUCCCAAGCGAACAUUUUGCCUUAAGUGAGAAGUAAGUGUUAAUUUUGUCUUAGGGGAGGGGUAGGUGGGCAGUUUCCCAGAAGCGUACAUUGAUCCCAGUAUUUGAUCCAUGGGCUUAAAAAAGCACGGUUAAAACAAGACAGCACAGUUAAAGCUUAAGACCCCAAAGCUCUCAAAGGGUUUAACAUUGCUCCUGCCUGAAGAGCUUGCUCACCGGCUUAUUAAAUUUAAAUUCCAAAAAGUACGUAGUUGUACAGUAUUAUCACUUUGAAGGCAAGAAAUUAUAAGGUUUAAUAUGUCUUUCACGUUUAAGGCUGAUCUUAUGAAAUGUUCUGUUGUUGUGUUUUAGAGACCUUACACUGGUGGUACAUCGUACACGUAUAACAAUUGGUCUCCUCCAGCACAGUCAAACGAGACUUCCAACGGGUUAGUGGUUCAAAUUGCACAUAUUAAUGCUGUCAUGCCCAAAUUCAAAUUUGAGGGAAAAUCCCGAGUUCUCCUUUUCAAUAGUUGGAACUACAAACUAAGUAAAUAGUACCAUGUAAAGUACUGCUGAAGAGGUUUCAUUUGAAUGGUAACACCAUAGAAUUUCACCCACAGACUCAAAAGUUAGAACUACAUACUAAAGAAAUAGUACCAUGUGAAAGUACUGUUGAAGAGGGUUCGUUUGAAUGGUAACACCAUAGGAUUUCAUCCAUAGAUAUGAAAGUUAGAAUAGAACCACAUUCUAAAUGAUUAAUACCAUGUAAAAGUAAUUUGGAAAAAGUUUCAUGUGAGUAGUAAAACCAUAGGAUUUCUUCCAGACGAAAUCACUGAAAUUUUGUCUUCUGUUGUCUUACCCCAGCUAUUUCUUGGAGCGGUCUCAUAGUGCACGGCUUACACUUGCCAAGGCUUGUGAACUGUGUCCAGAAGAGGUAAUUCACUUUGGUUCUUAGUUAAUAGGCCAUUUCCGAGUCGCCCUAAGCCUCUGUUUCAAAGCUAGGCAAAGUGCGAAGCUAUUGAUAUGAAAAUGAACUUUUAUUCUCAUUCGCGAAUAAAAUGAAGGAAAGUUUUGCACUUAGCCGCGUUUUAAAAGUAAAAGGUUAACGAACUCGGAAAUAGUCGAUUCCUUUUUCCCUCUUCCCUCUGCUUCUUUGUAGGGGAAGAUAUGGGGUUGUAGCCCGGGAGAAUAGAGGGCAGAAGGGGUACGAUUCCUUUUUCCCUCUUCCCUCUGCUUCUUUGUAGGGGAAGAUAUGGGGUUGUAGCCCGGGAGAAUAGAGGGCAGAAGGGGUACGGAAGGCGGGAGAGGAAAGAGCGGUAGUUGGGAACUCUUAAAGGGUGGAAAGCGGGAGGAAAAGGGGGAUAUUAAGCAACGAUGCGUAAUAUUUUGAAGUAGGAAAAGGGCUAAGAGAAGGAAGCCAAGAAAAAAGGCGCGGGAGCCGGAAAUGUAACAGUCGGGAGGUGGCAGUUUUGGACCCCCUGUCCGCCCUUCUUUGUUGACACGUUUUAGCCCCAAAUUUGAUGAGCUUAUUUCUCUUCGUAAGAUAGACUGCGAGGCCCAAGAGAGCUUGCUCGCAGGCUCUUCUCAAUAUAAUAUAUUAAUAUAAUAUCAUCAAAACACAGAGGUUUACUGUUGUGAGAGUACAGGAAUUAAUUUUCAAAGAUAAAAGCUCUGGAUGUGAAUGUACAAAUGCAGGAAAACGUAAUCGUAAACGUAAAGUUCGAACCAAGCCUUCUACCAAUUCUACCAUUCUUUCAGGAUCCGGAAGAACCUGAGGGGGAUGUAGAGGGGGAGAAUGGAAACUCUGGAGAUGAGGAGGUUACCGCGGCUAAUGCACAGCAGUCAAGCCCUCGUCGGGAAUCACGUGAUCAGUCUCCGCCAAUCACUGGGCAGAUUCCGCCUCUGGAUAACAAUGAUACAACAGUCGAAAAUGACACGGAGCCCGGUGAAACAAGCAAGCUACUAAACGAAGAGUCCGACUGAGCACCAAGUGUAUUAGUCCCAAGCUAAUGAAAGUUCACCGCAGUAGCGACAGCCCCAGUUCCCUGUGGGAUUGCGUAAAACGAAAACGGCCUGGUCGCAGUGGCAUUUGUCCGGCUCUGACCCAAGAAUUUCAGGAUUAAAAAGCGUUAUCGAGUACGAGAACGCGACCGUUUGGAGUCGGAGUGAAAAAAUGCUAAUUUAUUUUUUUAUUUAACGUUAAAGGCCGUUUACCUGACCGAACGAAUCCGCGACUUGACCUUCUCAACUGUGGAAUCUGUGGAACCCUGAUUUUGUCCGAUAGAACAAGAACUUUACCACGUUACGGCGGCCUUAAGGCGUCUAAAGAGCUCAUUCAGCAUUCAUUUGCCAAGAAUUCAGUGUUCUGUAAAAAUUUUAAGAGAAAAAAAUGGAAUAAUUCUAGAGCCUAUAAAAAGUGCCACUUAGAAGAAUGGCUGCUCGUUUGUUUGAGGUACCGACGUUCAGUGUAACGGGUGCUUGUACUUAAUCACAUUUGUAAUAUGAAAAUCAGAUUUUAGAAAAGAAAUAACGUUUUAUGGAAGC